UCCUCCUCCUGUUGGCGGCUGCGAGAAUCCAACAUGGAGUAAAGGCAGCGAUGGGGCUCGGACGGGGCCGCCGGCUGCUGCUGCUGCUGCCGUGGAGGAGGCGCCCGGGCGCACCGGACCACAAGGCGCCCACGCCGCGCUGCCUCCCCGCGCGCUGAGCCCGCGCUUCCUCGCCUGCCCCGACCAGGCCUUCGAGGGGGGGGGGCGGGCGACCGGCCCCCCGCCUGCCUGCCUUCUCCAUCCCUGCCCCCCAGGCGGCCUUCCCCGCCGUCCGUCCCGUCCUCCCCCCGCUCUUCUCUCGCGCGCUCCCCGCAUCUCUCCCGCCCGGCGAUGUGAAGCCCCGGGAAGAUGAGGAAGAGGCGCGCAGCCCCCCAGGCGGCUGGCGGAGGGGGAUGAGCUCCGACGGGGAGAAGAUGACCGAAGAAGCCCACCCCGACGAGUAAGUGGCCGGCCGCGGGGAGGGGGGGGCGGGCGGCGGCGAGGGAGGGAGGGAGGAACAUCUGGCGGGGAAGAUCUGGAGAGCGCGCUGCUCGGCCGGGCAUCUUUGCCCUUUCUCAAGUCUCUUCCCCCCCCCCGACGACGCCCCCUCCUGGGUGGCGAGGCUGUGGCGGAGGGCGCCCCGCUUCUCCUUUUUCGUGGGGGGGGGGAGAUGUUGUACGCCCCCCCCUCUGGGAAGUGGCUUGGGGGGGCGGCUAAGAGGACGCCUUGCGUUUCCUUCGCCGGAUGUGCUUGGGGCCAGUGCCCCGCGGCGCCCUCGCUUCUUCGCGGUCCGCUCUGUUCCGCGGCUCGGCCCCCCCCCCUCACGCCCCCUUCGCGUCCGCCAUUGCUGCGUCGUGUUCCUCCCCCCCACCCCUCUUGAAUCGCGCUCAUUUGCAUAACGCGUUCCCAUUCAUAAAAAAAGAGAGAGAGGGAGAGAGCAAGCCGCCCUCCACGGAGGCCGGGAGUCGGGGCUCCGGCCGCGGGAGAAAGAAAGCGAGCUGGCGGGGGGGGGGUGAGGCCGGGCUUCUGCUGCCGGGCGGAUCCGGGCCCCGCCGAGGGGAGAAAGCGAGGCUUCGGCUCUCCCGCGCGGCGAGGAAGGCCCCCGGCCUGGGCCGGCGCCGAAGUUGCGCGGGUGGGGGAUCGGGGGGGGCAGCAGCUCCCGUCGGCCUGCGAAGCUGUGCAGGGGGCGGUGUUUGGGUCCGCUUGUUACUAUGCCACGCAUUCGUGUGCUUUUCUGUUGCAAGCCGCCCUGCGGUCCUCGGGCGAAAGGCGGUGCAGGAACUGAAUUAAAAAAUAACUAGCAGAAGGCGAGGCAGCCUCGGGCCCCAGGCGCUGCUCGGAGCUCGUGGUUAGCGCUGCAGCGGAUCGGCAUCGUGUGUGUGUGUGUGUGUGUGAGCGGGAGCGGGAGCUUGCGUGCAAAUAAAGGGGGGGGGUCUUAAUUAAUUUCAAGCCGCCUUUUCCCUCGAAAGCUUUCUAAUUUCCAGACGAAUCCCGCGCUUGAUCUCCGUGCAACCGCACCUCUCCUGCAAGGCACGGCUUUCCUUUGGCGAAGGGGCGGGGCGGGGCUGCUGAGGCUAGUAGUGGUGAAAGGUGACUUGCCUCGGGGACACACCUUUCUCUCUCUCUCUCUCUCUCUCUCUCUCUCUCUCUCUCUCCCUCUCUCUCUCGGGCUCGGCAGCGUUUCCUCCGCACCGCGGCACUUUCCCUCGGCCUGUGUUUUUGUGAAUAAGACGGGUUCCCGUUAUUGUCACAUGAUCUUGACAUUCAUAAAUCCGGUAACCUUCAGCCUUCGUUCAUUCACCAACUCGCUGUCGUUGCUGCCUUGCCCUUUUCCUGAAUAGGGAGAGAGAAGCAGGGGUUACUCUCUCUCUCUCUCUCUCUCUCUCUCUCUCUCUGUGUGUGUGUGUGUGUGUGUGUGUGUGGAGGGGGGGGGGACAGAGAGAGAGAAAAGGCAACCCUGCAGAAUUAGGAAAUAGGCGCCCUGGUCAAAAUAGUCCUUAUUGGCACCAGAAAGGGGCCUCGUUUCCAUGCUGGAAAUGGGAAGUGAGUCACUUUCUCUCCCCCCCUUUCCUCCCCCCUCCUCCUUAAUGCAACGUUUGAUGGUCGAAGGUUUGAAGCGCACAUCCGUGGAGAGGAUGUUGCUGUUGCUAAUUCAGCUUUGUGGAAAUGGGGAGGGCUGGAGGGAAAGAGCAGUUCUUACAUAAAUCGCCCUUGCCCGUUUCUAGCUUGGAGUUUGACAAGAGAGAAUCUUAGCAGUAUUGUGAAUCGUCUGCUGCUUAGUUUGUGAUCUGCUGCUGCCGCGAAAAUAAUAUAUAGCUGCUCUUGACUGCUGCAAAACCCUCUCGGGCUUCUGGGCCUUGCAAAGGUGGAAGGAAGAUUGCUUCAACACCCAUCUUGCUUGUGGCUCCGCUUCCAAGGCUGCUUUGAAUACAGGGCUGUGGUUUGUUAUUGGGCCCUGAAUUGAAGGCCCUGCAUUGUCCCUAAGGUCUUCUGUUCUUCCGAUCAAGCCUUAAACUCCUCACCUUGACAGGUUGCUGCUGUGAGGACAGGGAAAGGGCCAGAGUACAAGUUUUUACACUGGCUUGCCUGAUUCUCUCUUUUCAUGGAGAAGUCUCUUCUUAGGGUGGCAAAAUGAAAACUGCUCCUGGGCAACAGACAGUGUGGAAAUCAUGGGCCCUGCAAUGAUUGGCAGCUUUGUUCUGUUCUCUCUCACCCCAUCCCCAAGAAGUAAGAGAUAAAUUCAUUGCUCUUGUGGGAACAGUCUGAACUUUGGAGCUUCUUAAAAAAUGUUCUGCAAACACUUACACUGUGAGAGAAAGAAACAAACUGUGCAUUAGGAGUAAGCCCAUGCUGCAAAGUAGGGAUAGUAGACAAGGCUGAGAGAUUACCGUAUAUAGGACCAUAUUUUGGGGCCUGUGGGAGAGUGACUUAGAACAGCUUUUUAAUGUGGUUCAGAGCUGCAUUCCCCAUAUUGUAGAUUUGGUAUGAGGGUUGCAACUAGGAAAAAAUGGCUGGCUUUCACCUCAUAGCUUCAUGUUUGUAGCUGUUUUGAACUAAUUACUCUGCUGCAGCAAAGGCAAAUCCCAUUAAAAUUUAGUUACAGCCACUCAUUUUGCUCUCCUCCAAGCUGAUGAUGCUGGCGAUCAGUCCACUUGAAUAUGUCCACAUGCAAUCCAAAGGAAUAGCUCAAAGUUAGAAUCCAGUGGGCAUUUGUAACUAGUCGCCUUAUCUGUGUGGCACCUAACCAUGAGAUACCUUACAUCGCACUUACUGUUUCAGCACCACCAACAUCUAGAAAUGCCCUUUAUUCUGUGAAACUAACACAGUUGUUGCAGAAUCUCUGUCCCUUUUAUAGUAAGCAGUCUGAUGCAAGCUUAUUUGGCAUGGGUACAAGGAUGAUAAAAACAGUUGCCUAGUCCUCUCUACCAAUGGCGGUGGCUAUUUUAGUUUUGGCAGGGGUGGGGUGUCUGCUAUAAGCAACCAUUUUUAGCAUUCAUUUAUAGCAGGGUUGGGGAGGGUUGGCCCUGCAGAUGUUGCUGGACUGAGCUCCCAUCACCCCUGAUUAUGGACCAUGCUGGCUGGGGCUGGGGCUGGGGCUUCCAACAAGAUCUCUUAAGACCCCAGGCUUCCCACCAUUGAUUUCACAGUAUGGAAUGUGCAAGACUCAAAACAAAAAUCCUUCCUUCUUGCAGAUGGCUGCAAAAUAUUAGUAGCUGUAAAUCAGGAUAGCCAAUCCUUUCCAGCACAGAGGGCCACAUUGACAGUGUUUAAUGAACCAGAGGGCCACAGCUAAUUCGUAGGAUAAAUGUAACUGUAAAGGGUAAAGGGACCCCUGACAGUUAAGUCCAGUUGUGAAUGACUCUGGGGUUGUGGCGCGCAUCUCGCUUUACUGGCCGAGGGAGCCAACGUGUAACUGUAUGCUCCAAAUAUUAUUUUUGGGCCUGGCCAAUGCCAGACAUGUUAUCCUUUUUCCUUCUAAUAGUUGUAUUGUAAUAUUAAUGCAGGUGAUUUGUUAGACCUGAAAAUGGAAAUAGCAAAUUUGUGUUUCAUUCCCUGCUUUCAUUGAUGCCAUUUUUGCCAUCGCUUAUAUUUGGAUGCAUAGAGACGCGGGUGGCGCUGUGGGUUAAACCACAGAGCCAAGGCUUGCCAAUCAGAAGGUCGGCGGUUCGAACCCCCGUGAUGGGGUGAGCUCCCGUUGCUCGGUCCCUGCUCCUGCCAACCUAGCAAUUUGAAAGCACAUCAAAGUGCAAGUAGAUAAAUAGGUACUGCUCCGGCAGGAAGGUAAACGGUGUUUCCGUGUGCUGCUCUGGUUCGCCAGAAGUGGCUUAGUCAUGCUGGCCACAUGACCCGGAAGCUGUACGCUGGCUCCCUCGGCCAAUAAAGCGAGAUGAGCGCCGCAACCCCAGAGUCGGUCACGACUGGACCUAAUGGUCAGGGGUCCCUUUACCUUUAUAUUUGGAUGCAUGAGGAUGAAGAGCUAGUUUUGUAAAUGCGGGGGGGGGGGUGGUGCAUAUUGUCUGCUUGAGCUCUAAUCUGUUUAUCAGGGACAUCCCUGUGAUGACUGCUUCUUGUUCUUCAGAAACUGAAUGGUGUCUUUUCAGCACAUACCGCCUUGUUCAGACAUCUUGACUUUGCACAACAGGGAGAAAUGUAUUGGCCGUUAAAGACUAUGUCUUUCUCCCCCCCCCCUUUGAUUUAGCUAAUACCAUUAUUGAUGGCAGAGAUUCUAGGCCAUUUGCAUGAAUAUUUACAUUUGUUACGGGAUUCCAUGCACUUGAAUACUAACCUAGGUAACUUCCUGUAUCCCAGUACAUUAAUCGACAGUUAAGUGUGCAAGACAUUUCCCUUCGGUGCAUUAUGUUAACCAAGGUUGAAUGGGAAUGGAAGUAUUAAGUCUUUUUACAUGCAGCUUUCUGUUAGCAAUACACCAUUUAAAUAGCAGCUGGUUGGGGGUGGGGCUGAAGUUCUCCAAUGAUUUUAAUGUACUUUCUUGUAAAUGUUCAAUUAACUGAUUACUGUUAAGCUUUAGUUUCAUUUCCUAUUAGAAACAAUCUUUAAAAGUAACUGAUCACUGUAAGUAUUAUCAAUGGAGACACUACCUAAAACCUUACGGAUAUGAUCUGAUAUAAAGAUAUUUUGUGCCGGCAUAUAAAUUCUUCGGGUGUGAUAUACUGCUUGUAUCCUCAAAGCGUGGUAAGAUGGUUUUACAACCAGCUAGCCUGGUAUGCUAACAUUGUAAAAAGUACGAUUGCUAAAGCAUUGCUAAAGCGUAACACUAUAACACUAAUAUUUCCAAGGUUUACAGUUGUGGAAAUACAUUGUCAAAGAACAACUCCCAAAAUCCAUAUUCUUAAGACUACCACACACAGAAGCAUUAACGAAAUGCAUAUCUACAUAGAAGUGGUUAUUUUACAAAUAGGAUUGCAGCCUGUCUAAGCAACAAUAGCAAUAAAAAUUUCUAAACACACCGUCACUGUUGAUGCAUUCUGAAGAAGAUAUUGGUGAACUGCAUAUUUUAAACUUCUGCCUCAUUCAAUUUUGCCUCAUUCUGCCUGGUUUGAUCUUUUAAUGUUCUGAAAGUACUCAUAAGACUUCCAGGAAAGAAGGAACUAUUUUUCUUCUUCCACUGAGAGGUUUCUCUGAAAAGAUUUCAAGGGAAGUUGGAGUUCCUUGAAGGCUUUUUGUGGGGUUGGGAUCUUCAAGAAGAUGAUCUGACAAGUUGCGAAAAAAGUUUCUAACAGUAAGAGCUGUUUGACAGUGGAACGGACUCCCUUGGGAGAUUGUGGACUAUCCUUCCUUGGAGGUUUUUAAGUAGAGGUUGGAAGGCCAUCUGUCAUGGAUGUUGUAGCUGAGAUUUCUGCAUUGCAGAGGGUUGGACUAGAUGACCCUUGGGUCUCUUCCAACUCUACGAUUCUAUGAUUACUUGGAAGAGUGGUUUGGUUAACGUUAAAGAAUGAGGAUUGCAUGUGUAUUCUAGGUUGCAUUUAGAAUCUUCUGCAAUAUCCAGAACUUCCUUUGCAGACAAAUGUAUGGAAGGGGCCUAAGGUAUAAAGUUUGAAAGAAGAUGUAUUCUGAAGCAAGAGGUAAAAAGGGACCCCUGACCGUUAAGUCCAGUUGCGGACGACUCUGGGGUUGCGGCGCUCAUCUCGCUUUACUGGCCGAGGGAGCCGGCGUACAGCUUCCGGGUCAUGUGGCCAGCAUGACUAAGCCGCUUCUGGCGAACCAGAGCAGCGCACGGAAAUGCCGUUUACCUUCCCACCGGAGCGGUACCUAUUUAUCUACUUGCACUUUGACGUGCUUUCGAACUGCUAGGUUGGCAGGAGCAGGGACUGAGCAACAGGAGCUCACCCCGUCACGGGGAUUCGAACUGCCGACCUUCUGAUCGGCAAGCCCAAGAGGCUCAGUGGUUUAGACCACAGCAAGAGAAAUGUAUAUAGAACAUCUGGAUAGCUCAGUUGGUUAGAGUGUGGUGCUGAUAAUGCAACGGUUGCAGGUUCGAUUUCCAUGUGGGACAGCUGCAUAUUUCUACAUUGCAGGAAGUUGGACUGAGAUGAUCCUCAGAGUCCCUUCCUAUUCUACAAUUCUAUGAAAAUUCUGGAAUUAAAGGAUAUUUUUCCUUGGAAGUUGGAUUCUCCUCCCCUUGUCCUGCAGGGUUAGACAUCCUUUGGUCUAGUGUAAAUCAUGCUUUUAAGUGAAGCUGGUCAUUUGUAAGCUGACCUUCACAGUUUCGCUAAUUUUGUUUGGAGGUACCUUUCCACCCCUUCCAUUGUAAGAUCAGGUGUCAGACUGCAAUUCAACAGCUUGCUCCAGGGUUAUUCCACUAAGCGGGAGCAGGGAACCUUUUCAUCUCCUUUGUUUCCUGCCCUCCACUCAGGUCACUUUGUCAGGUGAGGAGCCAUCCCUGCCAUCCCUUGCAUGGCACCAGGUCACCCAUUUUUUCUUUGCAGUGUGAUUUGAGUUCAAGACACACUGCAGAGGAAGACCCAGCCGAUCCAAGGGGAAGCUUGAAGUCACCACUAAUCAACUGAGCAGUGGUGACUUAAAGCCCUGCUUGGAUCAGCUACAUCCCAGAGCUCCCAAUUGGAUAGUAGCUUCAUGGGACAAAUUGGCUUCCCUAUGUAGCCCCUAAUUAAGGUUUCCCACUGCUGCAUUGAGGUCAGUGGCACUUCUUUGGAGUAGGCGACCUAAGGAUUUCGGCCUUAGAAAAUAAAAUCAACCUGUUUGUGGUACUCUAAUGCUGAAUGGAUAAAUACCCCAAAGUUUCCUGUCUGUGAAAUCCAAAAGAUUGAAACCAGGCUUCCUCAACCUCGGCCCUCCAGAUGUUUUUGGCCUACAACUCCCAUGAUCCCUAGCUAGCAGGACCAGCAGUCAGGGAUGCUGGGAACUGUAGUCUCAAAACAUCUGGAGGGCUGAGGUCGAGGAAGUCUGAUUUAAACCUUAAGUGUGGGUGGGAGUGGUGGCAUCGUGGGAACAUUUCUAUAAAUUGCCAUUUAAGGCAUAAGCAAGAGCUCAUGUGAGUACAUUAAGGAUAUAACUGAUGAUUAAGAAUAAUAAAAGUGCUUAUUUUCCUUGCUAGCUGCCCACCUAGUAGCAGUGUUGGAUUUGCUGCAGAUCCGUCCACUGAGGGCAGAGCAGGCAAGCGGCUGUGUCAGAUCUGCCUCCACUGGACCCAUUGCAACAUCCCUGUCAUCCUUACCUGCUUUAGAGUCCUGUUUUAUAGGUUGUAAAACUGCCUGGUGUCAGCUUCUGUUUUGUGGUUAAGAAGGUUCUUGCUCAAGGGAAUUUCCGGUGGAAUAGGAAAGAAGCAUGGGAGGCCAGGAAGCUGUCUCCUAAGAAUAGGCUGAAGGCUGGAGCUGAGCUGGUUUGAGUCUGAAAUUGCCUGGAUGGGAAUCAAACGUAAGUGUCCCUGAGCUCCUUGGAAGAACAUGGGUAAAAGUGGAAUGAAAUAAAUGUAUGCCUCUGUAUGGGACAAUAUGGUUUUGUUUUGUUGUUUGUCUAAGGCUGGGUGAAAACUCCAUGUGCCUGCCGUAGAAUGCUGCUUGUAGAUGAAUGUUUCCUAUGUAUGUAAUCAUUUCUAGCUUUAGAAACCUAGACUUGCAAUGGAAAAAAGCCCCUUCCAGGGAAAGCCCUGGAGGAGAAGGGACAUAGAAGGCUGUGAGGCGACAGGGACUUUCAGUCUCGACAACUGAUUUUCAGGGAAUAAGACUACCAAGAAGUGUCAUUAGGCCUGACACUCAACCAAGUUUGUGGAGAUCAUAUUUUUGCUGAUAAAGAGUUAAUUCCAACUUUGAGCAGUGUUUUAUUGCCAGCUCACUCUUAGACAUUUGUUUCAAGCUUGUGACAUUGGAAGCAGAAGUUUGCAUCUCUAUGAUACUGGCCUAAUGUGGGCAUAACACUGACUCCCAACAAACCAUGGUUUGCAAAUUGGGAGCCAGCUGAAUGAAUACACAUUCCUCUUUUCUCUUCCUCCUUCUCACGUCAGUUUAUAGAAAGAUGAAGUGUCUUGAUUCCAGGUUCCAUGCAGUCAUUUUCCUCCUGUGCACUGGCAGAGUGUGUCCCUUUUUCCUCCACUAUGCUGCUGCUCACAAGUCCCACAGAAAGCCCAGUGCGAGGGAGAAACACGACCUCAAGAGAAGGGGUCAGUGUUGGCUGCCUGAUGAGCCUGCAAUGAUGGGAAGGACCGUAUCUGGGGCACAGCACAUGCAAUGCUUGCAGAAGGCCCCAGUUUUAAUUCCUGACAGCUCCAAGUGGGAUGGUGAUAUACCCCUUUCUGAAACCUUGGGAGAGCUGCGGCCGCUUUGAGAAGGUGGACCUGGUGGUCUAAUUCUGUAUAAGGCAGAUUCCUAUGAGUAAGCAAAGCCAGUUUGCCUGUUCUCCUGGUCCGAUGACAGGAAUUGCUUCGUGAUAUUUCGGUACUUGUGUUAGUAAUGGCACAUUCUGUGGAAAAGCUGGGGUAAAAACAGUGUUAGAAUCUCAGGUAUAUAAGCCAGGUGCAAAAUGGCUUCUUAAGCCAAGGUUACAGUCACCAUUUUUGGGCAUUUUACACUAUUUUACAGUUGCCACUUUUGGGCAAGACAGCUCUAAAGUCUUAUUUUCCAAAUGAUGGCCUGACCGUGAUUGGUUCUCAGUUAAACAUCUGGCUACUUCAGAUGACUACCUUGAGCAAGGUUAAGAGCUUUGAAAACAUAAAGAAGAAAAGUCCCAUGAUCCAGGGACAGUCCACGUAUAUAUUGGCCUACUCCGACUUCUUUUUCUUAAUGGUGACUGUUCCUGCUCAGGCUGCACAGAAAAAGCAUUUUGGUUCCAGAAUUCAUUCUGCUUGUGCAGAUAAAAUAUAACGGAUAGAAUUCUAACAGGAUGUGGCAUUAGUGAAGGUACUUUUUUCCACCUUUGUUGGACGUGCCCAAAGAUUAAGGCUUUCUGGGAAAUGAUAUAUAAUGAAUUGAAAAAGGUAUUUAAAUAUACCUUCUUGAAGAAACCAGAGGCCCUUCUCUUGGGCAUAGUCGGCCAAUUGGUGCUAAAGAGGACAGAACUUUUUUUAUGUAUGCUACAACAGCAGCAAGAAUUCUUAUUGCAAAGUAUUGGAAGACACAAGAUCUACCCACCUUGGAAGAAUGGCAGAUGAAGGUGAUGGACUAUAUGGAACUGGCGGAAAUGACUGGCAGAAUCCGAGACCAGGGAGAAGAGUCGAUGGAGGAAGAUUGGAAAAAGUUUAAAGAUUAUUUACAGAAAUAUUGUAAAAUUAAUGAAUGUUAGAAUGAUGCUGGAUAGAAACUAAGUGGUCUCUAGCUGAAAGGUUACAAGGGAAGAUGAAAAAAGGGUUUAUUAUGUAAUAGGUAAAAAUCUAAAAUUACAACAUUUUUAUGAUUAAUGAUUAGGAUAUUAAAAGAGGGGAGGGAUUUGCUGAACAAAAUAAUUGAACUGGAAUACAAAAAAGGAAGGUGUGAGGAGGUCCUGGAAAUAAGUAAAUGAAGGUUAAGUAAUGGAAGGAAAGAAUUGUUUUUAUAUUUUUACUAUGUAUUUUCUUUUUUAUUCUUUUUUUUCUUUUUCUUUGUGUGUUUUGUAAAACAUUGAAAAUUUUAAUAAAUAUCUUAUAAUAAUAAUAAAAAAGGAUGUGGCAUUAGCUUGCGAAAGCAGUCCAGAUUCAAUUAUCCCCAGGCAUGCACCUCCGUGGUGGAGAUGUCAUCCGCCAUCUUGGCUCCCAGGCAUCUUCACUUUGUCGCAAGUGGUUGAAAGCCAGGUGCAAAAUGUGUCUGGCACUGGCUAAUUUCGAACACCGGGUAAGAAACAGACCUGUGUCUGGAUAUGCCCUUUUGAUAUAUAUUUUUAAAGUAACCAAUAAUAGUAUAUGGAGGACUUUAACGUGUUUAGCCUGUGUCAUGUGCUAUCUCAGUGAUCUUUAAAAACAGCCUAGGCCACUCUUAUUCCAAAAUUGCUGAUGGGGGCUGAGGGAAGAAUAUCCCACUUGCAUUUCAAUCUCUCUUGCUGUUAAUUUUACUUUUUUUUUAAAAAAAAAUAUUAUAGUUCUAGUAUUUAUUGGAAACCUCUUAGAGAUUUUAUUACAGUUAAGCAGUACAUCAAUUUUGUUCCAUAAAUAAAAUCCUGUUGCCCGCUUGAUUAAUUAUUGCGGUGGCCUUGCCCAGCCUGUUGCCCUCCAGAUGUUCUGAACUACAACUCCCAGCCAGCACAGCUGUUCUAUCAGUUCUUUUAACAACUUUAAAAACCGAACGUUAAUGUGCCUUUAAUACGUGAUUUUUGCUGCUGCGUGGGUGGGAGGACAUAGGCUGCUGCGGUUGCUUCUCUUUUUUUUUUUUUUUUUGAAUAAUUUUUAUUAAAGUUUUAAACAAAGAAAAAAAAAACAACACACACACAAAAAAAAACAAUACAAAAUUUAACAAUAAAAACACACAACAUAACAAUUUUAAACAAACUCUCUUUUACAUUCCCAAUUUUGAAUUACUUAUUUUCUGGACUUCCUCAUACCUCCCUCUUUUGUAUUCCAAUCUACAUUAUUUGUCCAGCAGUUUCUUUUCCACUUUUUUAAACCCAAUCUUUAAUUUAAUGAAAUAUUAAACUAUAUAGCUUCAGCUUUUUAAACAUAAUCCUUGUUCUUAAUGUCAUAUACCUUUAAAUUUUUCCCUUUUAUUAUCAAAUUUCCAUUUCUUUAAACAUCUUUAAUCUUAAUCUUUAAUCUUAAUCUAUCCUUAGCUUUAACCUGUACAGCUGGAAACCACUUAUUUUCAAUCCAACAUCACUUUAACAUUCCUUAAUUUUGCAGUGUUUCUGAAGAUAGUCUUUGAAUUUCUUCCAAUCUUCCUCCAUCGACUCUUCUCCCUGGUCACGGAUUCUACCAGUCAUUUCCGCCAAUUCCAUAUAGUCCAUAAGUUUCAUCUGCCAUUCCUCCAGCGUGGGAAGUUCUUGUGUCUUCCAAUACUUUGCGAUGAGUAUUCUUGCUGCUGUUGUUGCAUACAUAAAGAAAGUUCUGUCCUUUUUUAACACCAUUUGGCCCACUAUGCCCAGGAGAAAGGCCUCUGGUUUCUUGGGGAAGGUAUACUUAAAUACCUUUUUAAUUCAUUAUAUAUCAUUUCCCAGAAAGCCUUAAUCUUUGGGCACGUCCACCAAAGGUGAAAAAUGUACCUUCGUUUCUUUACAUUUCCAACAUUUGUUAUCGGGCAAAUGAUAGAUUUUUGCAGGCUUGACUGGGGUUAUGUACCACCUGUAUAUCAUUUUCAUAAUAUUCUCUCUUAAGGCAUUACAUGCCAUAAAUUUCAUACCAGUGGUCCAUAACUGUUCCCAGUCAGCAAACAUAAUGUUGUGUCCUACGUCCUGUGCCCAUUUAAUCAUAGCCGAUUUUACCGUUUCAUCUUGAAAGAUGCUGCGGUUGCUUCUCAAUGACCGUUGUUGUUAGUAUUUUUCCUGAGCAAGAGAACAUUUCAUGCACUGCUUUUGUUCUUUGAGCUCUGGAACCAAGCGUCCGUGGAUAGCAGUGAGAACAAGCGCAACAAAUCUGAAUAUAACAUUGCUUUGCUUCAGAGGACUCCCAAAGAUUGCUCUGUGUGAUGUUAGUUCUAUCUCUCUCUCCCAGGCAGCCCCUUCCUAUGAAAUAUUAUCAAUGGCUUUGUAGUAACAGUAAUUACCCAACUGUAUUUAUCCUCAGGGAGCACUGGCUGUGUGGAGGGACCCCUGUUGUGCUCUCCUGUCGCGACAUCAGCCUGCACUUUUAAGGCAGGAAAGGCUGUCCUGGGAAAUAUAAGCAUGAGUUCCAGUGCCUUGCAUCCAAAACAACAAAAAUUAAGCUCCUUUUAGUUUAAAUAGUGGGCACUGGGCAAGAAGAGGGUUUGAACGGGUGAUUUUAGCAGUAUACUUGCCUUCAAAGUUGAAAUGUUUUAACUUCUGUAUGUAAGGGCUUUUUGAAGUUGCAUAGUAAGGAACUUGCAGGCCAGAGAGACAUAACUUUUAUCUAGUUAACGGUGUUAUUGCAGCGCUGCAGUCCGCGGUACAUAUGUGUGCACGUGUAUAGUCACACCUUGACACCAGGCAACUUGACCUGGAAAAAAGCAUUCCUGCAAUGAGGAAUGACAGAGAUCACAGGUAAGGUAAAGGGACCCCUGACCAUUAGGUCCAGUUGUGGCCGACUCUGGGGUUGCGACACUCAUCUCACUUUAUUGGCCGAGGGAGCCGGCGUACAGCUUCCGGGUCAUGUAGCCAGCAUGACUAAGCCACUUCUGGCAAACCAGAGCAGCACAUGGAAACGCCGUUUACCUUCCUGCCGGAGCGGUACCUAUUUAUCUACUUGCACUUUGAUGUGCUUUCGAACUGCUAGGUUGGCAGGAGCUGGGACUGAGCAACGGGAGCUCACCCUGUUGCGGGGAUUCGAACCGCAGACCUUCUGAUUGGCCUAAUCCUUCCCUCUCCAGGUGUGGGUUUCUCUCCACCCCUUCCUGUGCACCACUUAAGAGUUGGAAGGUAGCCUCCCAGUUGAGCCAAUGGGAAUGGUGGUUUUUUAUUUUUGGUUCUCUGUUUUCAAAUGCUUAAUUGCUCCACAGGGGAUAUAUUUGGCAGGGUGGUCAUAUAACCCGACCAAUUCACCCACCCACCCACAUGCCUUUAGCAAUUAGUCAAAACCAGGGGUCAGCAAGCUUUUUCAGCAGGGGGCCGGUCCACUGUCCCUCAGACCUUGUGAGGGGCUGGACUAUAUAUUUUUUUUGGGGGGGUGAAUGAAUUCCUAUGCCCCACAAACAACCCAGAGGUGCAUUUUAAAUAAAAGCACACAUUCUACUCACGUAAAAGCACGCUGAUUCCCGGACUGUCCGCGGUCCGGAUUGAGAAGGACCUUAGUUUGCCCUGGGCCUUAGUUUGCCUACCCAUGGUCAAAACAGUUAUUGGCGUCAAUAGAAAGCUUGUUCUUUCUCAUUAAACAUGGUCGCCACAUGGAAAGGGACAAGGAGGGAUGGUGCUGUGGGCCACGUCUGGUCAUUGGCUAGCAGUUACCCUCUUCUGCUUCAGAGGGAAGAAGCUUGUUUUCUCCUGCUCUGGAGGGUAGGAUUCAAACCAAUGGCUUCAAGCACCAAGAAAGGAGAUUCCAACUAAACAUACGGAAAAGCUUUCUGACAGUAAGAGCUGUUCAACAGUGGAACAGUCUCCCUCAGGAGGUUGUGGACUCUCCUUUCUUGGAGGUUUUGAAGCAGAGAUUUGAUGGCCAUCUGUCAUGGAUGCUUUAGCUGAAAUUCCUGCAUUGCGGAAGGUUGGACUAGAUGAUCUUUGGUGUCCCUUCCAACUCUAUAGUUCUAUGAUUCUGUGAGCUGGAGCAAUUCUAACUACUUAUUUCAGUUGUGAUUCUGGUAUCUGAGGAAUAAGGAAUAGUAAUCUAGCUGUUGGGAUUAGUAAUAAUUGAGCGAAUGAAUUUAUUGUGCAACAAGAGGGCUUGAGAGAUGCUGAAUACAUAUGCAGCAGAUCUUUGAAUGCAAAUUAGAUUUGCAAAAUAUGCAACAUUGUACAACUUGUCUCUAACCCUGCUGGCAUUAUAUGCAACAAUUUAGAAUAUUCUGGAAUUUGAGAAUAUUUAAGAAACUGAAUACCUCUGUUCCCACUUAGUAAUUUUUAUUCCCUGUUAAUUCAGUGCAAGCCUCUUUAUACUAGACGAGAGAGCUGCAAAUAUCCCAUCAUCUUGGGUAUUUAGGCACUCAGACCUUUGUAGAACCAGGAAAUUUUGGAAUAUUUUCAAUCUUCUUUUUUAAGUUAAGUACUGAAAAUAUAAAGGUAAAUAAAAUUGAAUAUAGAGUUAAAGUUUUCUUCCUUCUUUGGUCAAAUGCUACCCAUUCUUAAUUUUUUUGGUGUGUGUCCUCCAGCUGGUUAAUGGAAGUUGUAGAGGUUGGCUUUGCAUAUAUUUGGACCAACUACAUGGAGAAGCAGCAUAUGAAUUGUGGCAGAAGCUGCGCAAGUUCUUGGUUUGUGAAUGAAGUGUUUAUGGUACACAGAAAAAACUGCAGUAAAGUUGCUUCUCUGCUUCCAUUAGAGCAUAAUCUCACCUUUUUGGAGGUGUUUCUUGCACUGGGACAUAGGAGUUUAUGUGGUGUGUCCUUUUACUUGCACAUUAGUGAUCCCUUGUUUCACCCCAAAAGCAAACUAUGUGAUUGGGGAAUGUUCAUUCGUGAAAUGGGUUCCUAAAUGCUGGUAGGAUUGGGAUGAUGACAUUUACUGUUGUCUUUAAGUACUUCUUUGUAUAACUCUGAAGUGGAGCAUAAGUUGCACAUUAUUUUAAUUCCUCUAUGACUUAGAUCAGGGUGCCCAAACUUUUUUUCAAAGAGGGCCAGAUUUGGUGAAGUGAACAUGCGUGAGGGUCAGCCAAAGUUGUUGAGCUCUUUUUAACGAUUUUUUUAGGAUUGAAGUUGUUGAGCUUUCUUUACGGUUUUACCCCAAAGUUCUUAAGCUUUUUUAAGGGUUUGACCCCAAUAAAUAAACUGCCACAGGGGCCGGAUAAAACCAGUUGUGGGGUGGAUUAGGCCCCCGAAGCAAAGUUGACACACCUGACUUAGAUUCAGACUUGGUCCCAUCAUGGAUGACCACCUUUACUCGCCUCUCUCAGGAUCUUGAGAAAUUGGAUUGGCGCAGAGACGUGACACAGAGCAUAAAGCAAGUCAAAAUGGUCUCCUCCAAGAAGGGCAGUUAAAUCAGAGCAGCUUCUUUCUUCUUCCUUGCCCCCUCUCAUUCUCUCUGUUUCUUUAAAGGCAUUCAGGGGAAUGACCACCUAGAGACAAGGCGAACACUGUAUAGUUAACUCCUGCUUUCAGCCUAUAUUUUCCACAAACAUGUUUUAACAGUGUAAUUUUAGAACUGUUAAGAUGGGAGGGGGGAAGGUUCUGUGCUUGUAUUUUAACACUUGGUAAGGAAUCUUCUGCCUGUUUAUAUAGGCUGUGAGUAAAAAGUUAUGCCCUGGAGCUGAUCUAGGUUAUGAAAAAUUCAAGUUGAAACAUAUACAGGAGUGGGGUGGGUGGGUGUGUGUGUGUGUGUGUGUGCGCGCGCGUGUGCGCGCACACACACACAAACGUGAAUCUCAAGUUGAAGCAAAGCACAUAAAUGCUAUGACUACACUAAUGCUCAAAUGCCAGAGUGGGUGGGAGGCUGGGACAUGUGUGUGUUUGUUUUUUCUUAUCCCUUGUCUUCUGGCUAUGGACCUGAUAUUUAAUGAAAUCAUGCAAUCAGCCCGAACCAUUGCCAUCUCAGUAUGUAUUUAAAAAUCUAAAACAUUGCAGGCAUUUUACCUGGUUUCUUAUCACAUGUAUUGAGGAAAAUUCUGAGAUGUGUGGUAUUCAGUGGAUCAGGCCCCCAGUCAUUCCUUUAUGGCUUUUGAUUCUAGGUUUGAAAAUGAAUGCAUUUGUCUAUCCAAUCCUUUUUUUUUUCAUAUGAUGAAUUUUAUAAGGAUAAAAACAGUUCAUCUUCGAGUACUUGGAAUGUAUGGAGCUGAUACUUUGCCCCCUGUUGGGAAUACAAGUUCUCUUAACCUUGUAUUCCUCCCAUGUUCCCACUGUAGGAAAAGGAAUGGGAUUGAUAGCUUGCAGAAUGUUCAUAACAGCAGUCUGUUGACAAUCUAAAAGGAGAGCAACUAAACAUCAUCUUCUGACCUUGAAAUCUAAGGUUAUGUCCCUGUUUUUGACAGUCAAGAAAAUCAAAGUAGAUACUUGGUGAGCUCAUUUGUAUAUUCUUACAUUUGCCCUGAAAUCUUUGUUGGGUGUUGGCCGCACCAGGCUACAAAGGUUAAGCAAUACAUUUAGUACUUUUCUCUGUUUUGUACUUUUGAAGCCUAGGUAUCCCCUGUAUAUCUUGAAAUCAAAGAAUUAAUAGCUAACUUUGCUAAACUUGAACGGCUAGACAUCAGAACCACAUUAUUUAGCAACUCAGAUUUAGCAAAGUUAUUUUAAAUGGCACAAUGGGUGAUAUGAUAUCUUGCAAAUGGAGAAGAGUUGUCUUGCACUGAUCUGAUUCAUCAUGCUUAGUUCUUGGAAAGCUUAUCUUAUUUCCAGUUACAUUGUUGAGGAACCUUCUAUGCAGAUAACUCUGAUUUGUUCUGACACAUCUUAAGAGAUGUGAUUUUCAGAACCAGAAGGCAGGAGGUGAGCCAUAAAAUUGAGAAGUUAGAACAUUUCAAUUGUAUUUCGUUAUCUCAUCCACCAUAUCAUGAACAGGCAACAUUUUGUAUGCAACUUUUUGGGAUCAAUGUACUAAUCAGAUAGGGAAAACUAAGACUGCAUUUUCAGAAAUCUUCUAUGUGAAUAAUUGCUAGGCUUGUGAGGUGAAAUGUGAAGCUCUGCUGGCCUCACCUGAAAUUUUAAAUGGGUGCUUUUUCAUGGCUUUCCUUCCAAUAUGCAUCUACAGUUAGCAGAUAUUUUGCAUUUCAGGGCACAGUCAUUACAGUUCACCUUCCAGCAAAAGGAAGCACAAUGCUCAAUAGCAAUACAUACUUUAAAUCAGGAUCUAGUGCAAUCUUGAUGGGGUUUUGAUGUGUUCAUUUUGGAAGCCGUUUUUGCAUUGGAUGUGAUACCAGAGGCAGUGGGCAUUCUCUCUACCAGAUGGGUGAAAUGGACAGCUUUAAUAUUAUCCCUGCAUUUUCAGACACAACAGUCAAUCACUUCUGCUGCUUCUCUCCCACGUGUGUGUGUGUCUGUGUACUGUAGUGGUACCUCUACUUUCGUAUCCUUCAGGAUACGUCCGCUGCAAACCUGGAAGUAUUUUCUGGGUUUCGCUGCACGCGCAUGCACAGAAACACUCUACGCACCACGCACAUGUGCAGAAGUGCUAAACCGCGCAUGUGCAGACGCGGCACCUCCGGUUGCAAAUUCCUCAGGAUAUGACCGGAGCUCCAGAACGGAUCCCAUUCGCAACCGGAGGUACCACUGUACUACAUAGUAGGAAGAAAUAGGAUGCUACAGUGGUGCCCCGCAAGACGAAUACCUCGCAAGACGAAAAACUCGCUAGACGAAAGGGUUUUCCGUUUUUUGAGCUGCUUCGCAAGACGAAUUUCCCUAUGGGCUUGCUUCGCAAGACGAAAAACGAAAACAUCUUGCAAGUUUGUUUCCUUUUCUUAACACCGUUAAUACAGUUGCGACUUGACUUCGAGGAGCAACUCAGAGAACGCGGUGUGGGAGCCUUUUUUGAGGUUUUUGAAGACUUUGGUGAUUUUUGAAGCUUUUCCAAAACUUCUUUUAAACUUUUAAAACUUUUUGGGGGGGGUUGGAUUUUGGGUUGGGGUGUUUGGAAUUCAAGGACUUGGUGUUGGGGAGGGGUUUGCAAGAAUCUGGAAGCUUGUGUGGUUUUUUUCUGCAUUUUUAUGAUUUUCUGUGACCAUUGGGCCACUCUGCUGUUUUUUAAAAAAUCUGGAUUUGAAUUUCUGUGUGGUGAGUGGCUGGGGGAACAGUUGAGGAGGGGUUCUUCAGCAAGAAGCAAAGAGUGGAAGAGGAACCUUCUUCGAGUUGUCCCCAGAGUCUUAGAAAAUGUACUGUACACUUUGUUGAUUUUUAAAUGUUUUUCUGUCAUGUUUAGAAACUUAAUUUAUUGUUCCUUCAAUUUUUGAAAUGCUCUUUACAGUAUGUGUGACUUUAAAGAGCACUUAAUAAACUCUUGUUGUACCAAAUUUGGCUUUGUUUGAACUUUUUUUGACCAUAGGAACGCAUUAAUUGAAUUUCAAUGCAUUCCUAUGGGAUUUCGUGCUUCGCAAGACGAAAAAUUCGCUAGACGAAAAAACUCACGGAACGAAUUAAUUUCGUGUUGCGAGGCACCACUGUAUUUUGUAAUGCUUUGGAAGAGAGCUCACAAUGGGCAAAACACAGAUAGUGAUUAGUCCCCUCAAGGCAGUUUCUAGACUUAGCCCAGAAAGAUUCACACAGGCAUGUUAUAUAAGGCUUAAAGCAGCAAAUUUAAAAUUGCCAUGGAACCAGCAGUCCCCUAACUCUGGUAUCUACCUUUGUUAAUGAGACAUGGUUGUUUUCUUAAUUAAUUCAUAUAGUGUUUAAAGCAGGCAUGGCCAAACUUGGCCCUCUAGAUGCUUUGGGACUACAAUUCCCAUCAUUCCUGACCACUAGCCUGUUAGCUAGGGAUGAUGGGAGUUGUAGUCUGAAAAAAACUUCUGGAGGGCCAAGUUUGGCCAUGCCUGGAAACUUUAAAGGAACAUAAAAUGCGGCUGGAGGCAGAAAAGCUUAUGACCAUCGAUAAAAUGGAAGAUCAUUGUUUCUCUCUCUCUGGGUCCAGACCAUAGCAUCUCUUUUUCUAAGCACUGGUGAAGACAAUACUUUGCAUGCUGGAUUCUUUGGCUGGCCUCCUCCCUUGCUCUCUCCACCUUGCCUUUCCCCCUCACCACCUCACUGCAGGAAGCAGUGAAUGAUCAAACCGGAGAUCACUAAGUCAGUGAAAUCUCAUGUUCAGUUUAAACACAGGAUCUUCUUGGUCUGGUCUUUUCCUGAUACAGGGCGGUUGGAGGAUGAAUGAAGCAGGGACGUGCUGGGGCGUCCUCACAAUUCCCUCCCCAGGUAAAAUUUGGGAGCCACAUGCCAUCAGAAUGGGCUGUAGGACAUCAUUUGUAUUUUUGUUGAAUUUGCUGAUGGAAGUGAGAUUUCCAAGGCACUCAUGGCAGGGAAUUGAAAGGGCAUUCUGUGUCUACUAAGCCACUUCUAGACUUCAGCUUUGGGUGCAAUUAAUGCUGAAUUAGAUACAGGUAGAAGUUGACUUCAGUACUUUGUAACAAUAAAUAAGUCCUUCAAGCAUGAGGUUGGGCUCUUUAGGAAUAUUUGUUGGGAGAGUGACUUUACGUGAGAAAGAAAGAGAGAGAGAGAGAGAACACAUAAUGUUUGUAGAAGCGUUACAAUUUUUCUGAAUGGAGUAAAUGCAUUGAUGAUUAGCUUCUAUCUCCAGCAUGCUUAUAUGAAAUAAAUAGUGUUUCACUGCUGCAUGCUCUUGCAUUUCUACUCAAGGGUUUACAGUGGGAAUUUUAUCUUGCAGCCAGGAUUUGUAGCCCAGCCUACAUAAUAGGGCUGGACGAUAACUGGUUUUCAACAUUGCGAUAUAUCACCAACUAAAUCAUAAUACUUUUAUGUAUCACUAUGUCUGAUAGCAUGCUUCAACUCAUACACACCAACUCUAUGGGGCCCCAAAGUAUGCAGGAAUGAUGGGGCUGAAUCCCCCCAGUGUUGAGGGGCUGGACCCUGCUGGGCCUCCUCACGAUGGCGGCGGCUGAGUUCCUUUGCAGGCCAACCGUGGUGGUGGAAAUGACGAAGCAUACAGUGAUACCUCGGGUCACAGACGCUUCAGGUUGCGUGUUUUCGGGUUGCACACCACACCGAACCUGGAAGUACCAGAAUGGAUUACUUCCGGGUUUUGGCGCUCACGCAUUCGCAGAACUACUAAAUUGCGCUUUGCGCAGAAGCGCUGAAUGGCAACCUGUGCAUGCGCAGACAUGGCGCUGCAGGUUGCAAACGUGCCUCCUGCACGGAUCACGUUCACAACCCAAGCGUCCACUGUAUAAGGAAAUAAGAAGAAGAUGAAGCAUAUAAGGAAAUACAGUGGUACCUCGGGUUACAUACGCUUCAGGUUACAUACGCUUCAGGUUACAGACUGCGCUAACCCAGAAAUAGUGCUUCAGGGUAAGAACUUUGCUUCAGGAUGAGAACAGAAAUUGUGUGGCGGCAGCGCAGCAGCACCGGGAAGCCCCAUUAGCUAAAGUGGUGCUUCAGGUUAAGAACAGUUUCAGCUUAAGAACGGACCUCUGGAACGAAUUAAGUACUUAACCUGAGGUACCACUGUAUAGGGUUGGAGGUACAGAGAUUUAAACAACACAGCAAGGUUUUGGUUUUUUUGCGUGUUUUCUCUGAAGCAAAGGCACCACCAACACAGAGGCACAAACACACACACACAUGCAAAAGAAGGCAAAGGCAGCAACAUACCAGGAGCAAGCCGGGAGACGGAGGGGCCUUCCUGCCAAGAAAAGUAUCUGUUUGGGAAAUCAGCUGCCGAGGGCUCUGCUUUCCAGAUCUUGCUGUACCAAUUGGCUGGCGUGUCCCUCCCUGGGCUGGGAGCUGCCGUGUCUGGGCUCUGCUGGCUGCUUAAAGUUCAGUUCAGCUUUGCGUUUCUGCCGCUGGUUCUUUGAUUGUCUAGCCAUGGGCGUGUGUGCACACGUGUCUUUGCUCCAGGAUUGUUAGCAGGAUCCGUGUCAUUAGAUGAACUCUGGAAGUUUUGGGGGUGAGAGCAGGAAGUUACGCUUAAAUAGUUGGUUUGUGUGCUUGCAGGCAAGGGCUCAUUGGGAAAAUGGCUGCCCACCCUCAGCGUGAGGUGCCUUCUUGCCAAGAAAAGUGCUGCCCCCCUGAGAAGCUGUCAGUCCCCACCUUUUGCUCACAUUUCCCUCACGGUAUAUUGCCUGGUUCAAGCACUUGCCCACGAUGUCAUUUCAAUACUAGUAUUGGACGCUAUAGCAAUUUAUUGCAUAGCCCUACUACACAAGUCAUUCCGUACUGACAUUCCAUACUCCUAGUGAGGCUUCUGUCCCCACUUUACAAUAUUAUUUGCACAAGAUCAAAACAUGGAUUUGGAUUUCUUUGGAGGUGAAGCAAGGGGUGUAUGUGCACAUACAUGUCAGGUCUAUAAGCUGUGCUUGUGCAACUGUUUUGUAUUUCUGGUACUUAAAACUAGGGGUAGACAACCUAAGGCCCGGGGGCCGGAUGCAGCCCAAUCGCCUUCUCAGUCCGGCCCGCGGACGGUCCGGGAAUCAGCGUGCUUUUACAUGAGUAGAAUGUGUCCUUUUAUUUAAAAUGCACCUCUGCAUUUUAAAUAAAUAAUAACCCAGAGAGCACAAUUUAAAGUGUUGGUCCAGCUCCGAGGGCCUUCUGGCAGUUGCCUCACUUGUGAGAAGCAAAGUUACAGGGAAUUAGGCAGAGGGCCUUUUUGGUAGUGGUGCCCACCCUGUGGAACGCCCUCCCAUCAGAUGUCAAGGAGAUGAGUAAGUAUAAAACCAUUAGAAGACAUCUGAAGGCAGUCCUGUAUAGGGAAGCCUUUUAAUGUGUAAUGUUUUGUUAUGUUUUUAUAUAUGUUGGAAGCCACCCAGUCAGAUGGGCAGGAUACAAAUAAAAUGUUGUUGUUGUUGUUAAUAGUCUUGAAUAAAAUACUUCUUUGCAAAGGGCCUUUAACUGCUGGUCGUUCUUUGUUUUGUUUACAAAGUUUUAAGACUGAGGGGUGGGGUACAGUUGCAUAUAUCCUGAGGUGAAGUUGGCGGUGUUGCGGGGCAUAACAUUUUUCAAGUGCUUCCUUCUUCAGCAACAAUUUCCCCCAUUUCAUAAGUCCAUUGCUAACUGUGAAUGCCUGCCAAUUGCAAUAUAAGACAAGCUUGGCAGUUUCAAUCUUUCAAGCUUUGUUUACUAAAAUUCAAGUAAACUAAACACAUUGAGUUAGAUCACACCCUAGGGUAUCAGGAAAAUUUCCAGUGAAAACCACCCAAAUUUCCAUAGGGAGGCUUUAUGGUAACUUUACCAGUUUUCUCCCCCCCCCCCAAAAAAUAUCGCUGGAAGUCAGCUGUCCAUAUAGAGAAAUUUCACUUGUUUAGGAGCCAGAUAUUCAAAGGGCUGUGAAAUCUGUUUCGCCUCAAGAAAUUCCUGUCCUCCCAUCAUUAGGCAUCAAAUCAGUGGAUACCUUCAAAUGGGCUAAUUUGGUGUUUUGACCCCGUAUAUUUCUUCCUCUCCCCUCCCCAAACGUUAGCUCUCAUCACUCUUGUACCUUUUUUAAGAAAGGAGAGGCUGUCACUGCCCACCUUUUCCUCCACCAACUGCAUGCCACUGGAACAGGCAGUUUCCAUGGCAAUGCUGCUUGUUUCCAUGGCAGAGUGCUGCUAAUGUGGCUGACUUCGUGGUUCACUUUGUUCACUCUGUUCCUAAAUCCGGAAAACUGAAAGGGGAAGCAGCCUCCUUAGUCCAAAUGAUCGGGACCGGAAUCGGCGGGUAGGCUGGCAGGUGGGAAGCAAGCACUGUGACUGCUGCCUGUGUUUAAGACGUCAUGUCAGAGCUGGAUUUGAAGUUCACCCCCGUUGCCUGUUCCAAGGUCUUAAUUCUGUGCUUUGAUCCUGAAAUGAAAAUGUCUUUGCAUAUGCGGAAGGAUUGAAAUAGUCACACAAUACCUGCAACCCGGGGUUUCCAUCUUCUUUGCAGAUCUGUCUGUUGUGCCUCUAAACAGCACCUUGGCCUGCAGACAUGAACAGGUGGCAAUUUUUCCCUCUGGGAUAUGAAAAUAUUUGCCUAUGGUUUCAAGCACCCCAGGCCGCUGUUGACCUAGUCCAAGGGUAGCCAACAAGGUGCCCUUCAGUUAUUGUGAACUAGAAUUAGUGACAGCCAGUAUGGCCAGUGGUUAUGGGGUUUGUAGUCUGCAACAUCUGAAGAGCUCCGUGCACCUGGUGUGGUCUUAGUUACCUGACAACCUUGUUACUGAAAAAGGCUUCCAGAUCAGAGGGUACGAUUGAUAAGCGAGCUCUCAUCUUAAGUGCAUUGUGUCAAGCGAAUCACAUCCCUUCCCCAGUGCCUGCAGUGGAUAAAGGAGCUAAUUGUAGUUUCUCCCAGUAUGUCCUGGGGGACAAGGCUUCAAGCAUCUCUAGCAGAUGUGUGUGUUAAAAUUGAUUCCUAAACACCUGUUCUAUCCAGCAGCUUCUCCAGAGCCAUUAGUCAAGCCAAUUCAUGUUUUUGCAAGUUCUUAACUUGUAUCUAUGUAGUUUUUCAUCUUGAUGAUGCGCUCAUGUGUUCCAAAAGUCAGCACACUUUCUGUUCUAGAGGGAUUAUUCUUCCUCACUUUGAAAGUAGUUUUGAAAGCAGAAAAAUGACUUACUGCACCCAUGUUUUAGAACCACACACACAAAAAGGUGAAUACUGAACUCUGUGCAUGUGCACUCACAAUGGCACCAUGUAAAGGGAGUUGUUCUUAGGCUUGGUUAUGAGUGUGUUCUGUCUUUUAUUCACUUUGUGGAAAAAAGGACUUUCAUGAAAUGUCCUUUACUGCUCGAAAAUCUGAAACUGUUCAGUCCUAUGCAGUGAUUGUGCCUAGGAAUUCUGCAUGUGUUUUUCCCUUCUACACAGUUAGCAGCUUGCUUUCCUACAUCAUCUGAUGCUUCUCCAACAGAGCAGGUUUUUUUAAUUGAAAAAAAAUGCACGGUGAAAUCUUUCAUUUUAACGGUGUGUGAGAAAUACAAGCAAUACUGGCCUGGAAUGGGAGUGUAGUUUAUAUAAUGUUACACUGAAGCGUAAGGUUAUACUGGCCUAUAGUUUAUCAGAGGAGAUAGGGAAGCCUGUGGUAACUUUACACUAAGUAGUUACAUCCUAAGAAUUUGACCUGUGGUCUAAGAUGCCUUAGUGAGAGCACUUGACCAGCAGGGGUUGCAGGCUGUUGUGAUAACCCAAGAAUCCAAAGGCACCACUAAAUGUGAUUGGAAAAGUUCUUAACCUGCUGCUGGCCCAUGUGCAAAGAGCUACAGUGGUGCCCCGCAAGACGAAUGCCUCGCAAGACGAAAAACUCGCUAGACGAAAGGGUUUUGCGUUUUUUGAGUCGUUCUGCAAGACGAAUUUCCCUAUGGGCUUGCUUCGCAAGACGAAACGUCUUGCAAGUUCUUGCGAGUUUGUUUCCUUUUUCUUAAAGCCGCUAAGCCGUUAAUAGCUGCUAAGCCGUUAAUAGCCGCUAAGCCGCUAAUAGCCGUGCUUCCAAAGACGAAAAAACCGCAAGACGAAGAGACUCGCGGAACGGAUUAAUUUCGUCUUGCGAGGCACCACUGUACAUAGGAGGUGCUUCGGUUUUAUCUCUCUAAAAUAAAUAAGAGCAGUUGCAUUUGUAGGCAAACUUUACAUGCUUUUUCUAGGGCUGAUAGUAAGCAGAGUAUGUAGAAUUCAGCUCUGCAUUCUGUUCUUGCCAAUAUUGUCUCUCUCUCUGUGUGUGUAUUUGUUUCUGUGUUUAUAAUCAGCACUUUCAUAAAGAUAUAUCAUGGUGGUAUGCAUCACAUAAGAAUAUGAUAUGAAGCAUAUCAUUUUUAAAAGUAAUUUUGUAAGUUGUGUGUCCUUGUUUCUCAUUUUGAUCCUUUUACAUGGUUUGUAUGUUUUGUGGUAUUUUAUGCCUUGAGACUUGCCAUUAUUUUUAUAGUUUACAGAUUAGUAAUCCUUUAUUGUAAUUGAUAAGUGUAAACUAUGUACUGUAUUUUUCGCUCUAUAAGACGCACCAGACCACAAGACGCACCUAGUUUUUGGAGGAGGAAAACUAGGGAAAAAAAAUUCUGAAUCUCAGAAGCCAGAACAGCAAGAGGGAUCGCUGCGCAGUGAAAGCAGCAAUCCCUCUUGCUGUUCUGGCUUCUGUGAUAGCUGCGCAGCCUGCAUUCGCUCCAUAAGACGCACACACAUUUCCCCUUACUUUUUAGGAGGGAAAAAGUGAGUCUUACAGAGCAAAAAAUACGGUAAUUAUUAUUUGCUGAUGUUUAAUUUUACUGUUUACUAUUAGAUUCUAAUGGAUUGUUGAAUAUUGCUUUAUUUGAUUUAAGUUGUUUAUUUCAAAGUUGUUGUGACGUUUUGUCUUGGAUCAGAUUGUUAUUAUUAAUGUUUGAUGUUUUAUUGUGUGUUUAUAUGUGUUGGAAGCUGCCCAGAGUGUCGGGGGCAACCCAGCCAGAUGAAUGGGGGUAUAUAUUUAAAACGUAUUAUUAUUAAGAAUAAAAUCAGUGAAAGCCAUCCAUAAAUACAGUUUGGUUAAAAAACGAAUAUUCACACACUCUUCAAACCUGGUUCAGUUGCUGGUUCUUUCCUUAUUUUAGAAUUCUGUUCUCUAGUGUUAGCAUAGUUACUACUGUCAAGAGCUGAGAUCUCUCUAAAACUAUGCAAAUACCACUUAGAAAUCAACCUGGCCAUUGCCAACACCCAAGCAACACUGGACACAGAUAAGCCCCAAUGGUGGAAUCCAGCAGGUUCUGAGUCCUUCCUCUCCACCCCCUUUUAACUGCUCUUUCACCCCCUGAAUCCGCUCUGGAGGGUGUGUGUGAAAAGGAACUGAAGGUUCUAUGGCAUGUGUGGGUAGACAUAAUUGGAUGUUACCCCAAAACAACAAAAAGAAGUAAUCUCUGCUUCUCUCCUUUGCAUUGUCUCCCAACAAACAGAGCAGAAUCAGAGUACUUAUAGUACUGCCUGGAGCAGUGGGGGCAAAACUCAUCAAUUUAAAGCAGUUUAAAUGGUUAAUCUUCUUUAAGAGGUUGGGGAAUGUAGAGUAGACUCAAGUGCCUUGCUAACCAAACCAAUUCAAAAUAGCAUGAAUCAAGAGUCAAAGAGGGGAGAAGAAAUAUAUUGCAAAACUACGUGGAAAAUUAAAAUGUUUGGGUGGAGGGAAUACCAGAAGGAUUUAUGGUGUUGGGUUAUAGCGUUGUGAAGAACACAACCAUAGCAGAAUUAUUUCCCAUGUGUGGAAUUCAACACUUACAAUGACUUUUCCAUAUGACCUUAUGGUGACAGAGGGACUCAGGAGCAGCUUCUGUUUCACCCAUGGUAUACUGCCAGGUGAAGCAACCAUUGCAGUUUGGCCCUCAUACUGAUCUUGGACGAUGUAUCGAUACAUUGCCCAGACCUACUGUCCUGGAUUUAAACACCAUGUAUGUAACCACUUUUGUCUGGACUGGGAAUGCCUGUGUGGCUUAUCGUCAGUGGUGGUUAGUUCCUGUUGGCAACAGCUGGUCAUAGAAAUCACCCAUCCACCACAAGUACCUCAUAUCACUAGUUCUAUAAGAAUAAUACUUGCAUACAACAUACUUUCAUGGGGAUUACAUCAGAUCUGGUGUUGACUGAGUCUCUUAUCAGUACAGAUUAUCCUUUCUGGAUUAUCAGUAGGAGUGGUUUACUUUGAGUUGAGUGGGGUUAUAAUUUCCCUAAUUUUAUUCUUCUGGGUGUAUAAUGGUGGUGAUUUUUCAUCACUUGCAUUAGGAAUAGCCAACAUGGCACCCAUCAGAUGUUGUGGACUCCAGUUCCCAUCUGCCCAAGACAGAAUGGUGAGGGAGGAUCAGAGUUGGGGGUCUGCAACAUCUGAAGGACACCAUGUUGAAGCCCCUUGACUUCUGUGAUACCUAGAUAAAUCUUUGAGAAGUACUGAUUCUUAUCAUCUGUACAGUUAAAAUGUUAAAGGUGAGCUUCAGUAUUAAAUGUGUCUUUGAGCUAGAUGGUGGUGAGUGAGAAAUCAAGCUGUAAUGCUACGAUAUGUCCCCAGAAUAUGGAUUUCCAUGACAUUUGUCUUCAGCCUAAGCAUUCUGUUAGUGAAUGGUGGUGGUGAUGCCAGUGUUAGAAACUGAGAUAUGAAAGCUACCAGCUAAAUGGCACCUUAAACCUAGGUUAUGGGCUCAACAACGAAAUGUCUAGGCAUGCAUUUUUUAAAAAUAGUUUUUAUUGGUUUUUCGAUAUAUACAUCCUUUAUGAAAUAUAUCUCUAACAAUUUUCCAUUUUUUCCUGCCCCCCUCCCCUGGACUUCCCUCAUACUUCCACUUUGUUUUACAUUCAAUUUAUUCAUCCUGCGUAUUACUUCCCCAAUUAAUUCCUAAUACAUUUACAUCUCUUUUUUUAUUAUAUACAUUUGUGAAUGUUUACUCAAACCCUGCCAGUGAGUCCAACUCUUCAUCUUGUAUCUUCAUAUAUAUUGUAAAUGGUUCCCAUUCUAUUUUAAAGUCUUUGUUGUCCCUUUCAUGUAAUUUAUCUGUUAAUUUGUUAAUUCUGCAUAUUCCAUGAGUUUCUCUUGCCAUUGUUCUUUCGUUGGGGUUUCUUCUGUCUUCCAAGCUUGUGCUGGUAGAAUUCUUGCCGCUGUUGUUGCAUACAUAAAUCAUUUCCAGUUGUCUUUUCUUAUUUCUUGAUCUAAAAUCCCUAGGAGGAAUGCUUCUGGUUUCUUAACACAAGUCUUUUUAAACAUUUUUUUCAAUUCAUUAUAUAUCAUUUCCCAAUAAUUUCUGACCUUUCUGCAUUCCCACCACAUAGGAUAAAAUGUACCAUCUUUUUCUUUACAUCUCCAACAAGUUUUUGAUCCCGUCUUAUACAUUUUAGCCACUUUCUCUGGUGUAAUGUAUCAUCUAGGCACACAUUUUUAUAACAAGAAUACAAAGCUGAAAGUGAAUGAACUGCAGCUAAAAUAUUAUGUUCAUAUUUCACAUGAUCUAGUCCUUCCCCUGCCCACCCCCUUAAUAUUCUUUUUUAAAAAUAAUUUUUAUUGACUGGUUUUAUGUUACAAAAAACAAUACAGCCAUACUACCACUAAAUAUAAUUAAGAAAUAAAAAUUACAUACAUCGAUAUUUAGUUUGUUAUUUGUUAUUUACCGUCAUAUUUCCUCCCAAACAUUGCAUACAACAACACACAUAUGUGCAGACACCCACACACCCACACCUGCACAGAAAAUGAUAAUAAUGAAAGUAAAUAUUUUUCCCCCUUUUAUCUUCCAAAAUCUUUUCUUCAACUUUGACUUCCUGUCAAGUCCCUUUGCAUAUUUUUUAUCUUACAUUUGAAUGUACACAAAACAAUAAAAAUUUCUAUAUAAUUUUUCUAAUACAUUCUGAAAACAUAAUAAAUCCUUAAUUGUUGUCCACCUCCUUUUAGUUCCUUUAUCAUUCGAAUGCUAGCACGGAGUCAAAACUAUUAUUGUAUUUUUGAACAUAUCUUCUAUAACCAUCCCAUUUUUCUGCAAAUUUUUGCUUUGAGUUUCCUCUGAGUUUACUAGUCAGUUGAGCCGUCUCCACCAAUUCCUGUAAUUUGAUUUGCCAAUCUGUUAUUUUUCUUAAGAGGGUCUCUUCUCCAGUCUUCAGAGAGUAGCUGGAAAUAGGGAAGUAGUUCCUUUCACUCUGCAGUUUUACUCUGAAAUCUUAGGGGCGAAGUACUGUGCCCAGAGCUCAAAAACUGCUCACGCUAAUGAAAUCCCCCAAAAUGCGCCUAGAACAAUGGGAGUUUCAAACACUGGGUGAUACAUUUGACUUAUCAGUUGCACAUGCCAGUGGCAGAUUAUAGGGUUGCGUGCUCUUGCUCUUUCCAUCUCUGUAAAAUUAGUCCAUUUCCACCCCUCGCUAAAUCCCCUGGUUGGAUCCUCUGCAAAUGGCAUAUGUAAUCCAAACUUGGUAAGUCAAAUACAGGCUUGUCACACUUUGGGAGAUUUACCUGUCUCCUGUCUAUUAUUAGAAUUAGGUUUGGAUACUCCAACUUGUGUUACCAUCUCCAAAAUGUACCUCGCUUGCAUGUUACAGGUAUCUGACAAGAACUUGAUAUUCACUGUUUAUGACAUGGUUUGCAAUUCCCCAAAGAAGAUGUGUCUAAAGUGGCAAAGUAUUUGAAGUCAAAUAGAGCAGAACAAUUUUUAAAAGUAAACUCUUCUAGCAUAGGCACAAGCAUUCCACUGAUCCACCGCAUGACCCAAUUUGCACAGCUUUGGUUAUAGCAGCAAGAGCCUCUGUUAUCAAGAGACAGAAAAAUGGCAACAUGGGUUAUUUACAAGAUCAAAGGGAAAAGGCUCUUGGACUCAAAAGUCAGUGAAUUUGCCGAUCAGAACUGCCUGUGUGCCAAUGAGCACUAGGGUAUUACUGUCAGAAGACAGAUUCAAAAUUCAAAAUGACCUUAACAGGUUGGAGAACUAGACCCAAGCUAACAACAUGAAUUUUGAUAGGGACAAACGUAAGGUUCUGCACUUGGGCAGGAAGACCCAGAUGCACAAAUAUAAGAUGGGGGACACCUGGCUUACUAGCAGUACAUGUAAAAAGGAUCUAGGGGUCUUGGUGGACCACAAGCUUAACAUGAGUCAACAGUGUGAUGCAGCAGCAAAAAAAAGCUAAUGCUAUUCUAGGCUGCAUCAACUGAAAUAAUAGUGUUCAGAUCAAGGGAAGUAAUAGUAUUGCUCUAUUCUGCCUUGGUCAGAGCACACCUGGAAUACUGUGUCCAAUUCUGGGCACCACAAUUUAAGAAGGAUGUUGACAAGCUGGAAUGUGCGCAGAGGAGGGCAACCAAGAUGAUCAAGGGUCUGGAAACCAAGCCUUAUGAGGAGUGCUUGAAGGAGCUGGGUAUGUUUAGCCUGGAAAAGAGGAGAUGUGAUAGCCACCUUCAAAUAUCUCAGGGGCUAUCACAUGGAAGAUGGAGCAUGCUUGUAUUCUCCUGCUCUGGAGAGUAGGACUUGAACCAAUGGCUUCAAGUUACAAGAAAGGAGAAUCCGACUAAACGAACAGAAAAAGUUUCUGACAGAAAGAGCUGUUUGACAGUGGAACAGUCUCCCUCGGAAGAUGGUAGACUCUCCUUCCUUGGAGGUUUUUAAGCUGAGGUUGGAUGGCCGUCUGUCAUGGAUGCUUUAGCUGAGAUUCCUGCAUUGCAGGGGAGGGGGUGGAUUAGAUGAUCCUUGGAUCUUUUCCAACUCUAUGAUCCUAUGAUAUGAUUCUCUUACUCCCCCCUCAAAUUGGAGUGCAACAAGGGGGGAAAGGCAAGACCAUCCUGAUAGUGUAACUGUGAGUAAAAUUUUGUACAGUACGUCUCUUUACUACAUUUUUUGGUCUUUAAGAUACCACAAGAAUUAUUUGUUGCUUUUGCUUUAUGGACUCUUUCUUUCUUUGGAGGUUAGUUGAGAUUUGGACCUCAAAUGAUUGUGGCAAUGUAACCUGGAGCAUAAGGGACACGGGUGGCACUGUGGUCUAAACCACAGAACCUAGGGCUUGCUGAUCAGAAGGUCAGCGGUUCAAAUCCCCGUGACGGGGUGAGCACCCGUUGCUCGGUCCCUGCUCCUGCCCACCUAGCAGUUCGAAAGCACAUCAAAGUGCAAGUAGAUAAAUAGGUACCGCUCCGGUGGGAAGGUAAAUGGUGUUUCCAUGCGCUGCUCUGGUUCGCCAGAAGCGGCUUAGUCAUGCUGGCCACAUGACCCAGAAGCUGUCUGCGGACAAACAUCGGCUCCCUCAGCCUAUAAGGCGAGAUCAGUGUGCAACCCCAGAGUCGUCCGCAACUGGAUCUAGGUCAGGGGUCCCUUUACCUUUACCCUGGAGCAUAAGAGACUGGUGAGAGGGCAAAAGGGGAUCCACAGAUUUUGGUUUGCCCUAGUAGCCAGCUGUUACUUAUGGUUGUCAUAGAUCUCUUCCCAAGAGUCAUCUGCCAUGCUCAGAGAACUUGGAGGAGGGAUUUGAUCAAAAACACACUUGAACUUACUACUUCCCUGGAGCCUGGCAGGAAGCAAAUGAGAAUUUAGCAGUAGAAGUGAGUAUCUGAUCCCGCCUUCUGAGUUCCCUGUAGUUUGCAGAAAAUUUGCUGGGAUAGAGGGGAUUUUCCUGAUCACUUUGAACGAUACUUAUCUUUAUCUGUCUUGCUGGGCAUGCCAUAAGUGAUUAAAAUGUUAAAGCAAUAAUGCAAAACUCGACAACUCAAAACAUAACAUCAAUCACCUAUGGGGAAUAAACAGUCAAAAACUAAUCAAAAACUGCAGUUAAAAUGCUUGAGUAACUGAUUCUUUUAGGGCUUUUCUUUUAGUGUUAAUGACAGUGCACAUUUUUAAACCCCCCCCCCAAUUGUUUGAUGUUCCAAAUGCACGCUGACUGGCUGUAGCCCCAUGCAGUUCAUAAUCUUGUUGAAAAAUGCAUGGUUUUCCUGGUGAGUGAAGAUGCUCUUAGUCACUUGCAGAAAAGUCCCCAAAGCAGUUGUUUUUAUGCUUGGAGGAGAUAAUGGCAUAUUUGGGGGGGGGGGACUAGCAAGCCCUGUUCUUUCCUCCUACAGGUGUUUCAGGUAGGCAAAAGUAUUCAGGGACCACUGUACAAGGGGGCAUGUGUAGGAAGUUGUACGAUGUGAAUGAGGCUUCUGCUUGGGCAAUGAAACUCUCCCUCCUUCUCUUUUGUACUGCAGCUCCCAUGCCCUCCUCAGUCUACUCUGGAGGUGUGGGGGACCCUGUCUAAUGCAUCUGCAAAGGGGAAGCCCCAUCAUAAGUAGAAGUAGAAGCUUACACAACAUUGAAUUUCACCCCCGGUUGUUUUUUCGUUUUGAAAUAAAAAUAAAAAUGGAUGCUUUGGAUAGAUUUGUGGGAUCUUUGCCUUGUAUCGUAUAAAACAGCCAAAACAAAACCAGCAUUUUGGAAAAGGUGCAAAGAGAACAGCUUUAAUAAUGAAUCCUUUUCUUUUCUUUUCUUUUACUGUUACAGAAAAGCUUGCCAGCAGCAUGUCUAGACAUGAUGUUUUGUAGCAUCCCUCUGUACAGUAUAUAGUCAAAUUUAAACAGUGCUGGGGCGUGUAAUGAAUUUCUGAGUGACUACUAAAUUCCUUGCAUGGUGCUUCAGGGCAUGAACAAAGAAGCCAAAGGAUGUUAAUCUUGGAAGUGAGAGUAGUCUGCAAGUUGUCUUGGUUUAUAGAUAACUCUUCUUAGUCCUGCUUGAUUAUUCACCUGGUUAUUCUUAUACACCUGGUUAUUCUUAAAAAUUGUCCUCUUGUCUAAAGUUUGACAUUUUCAUGAACUAUAGUUCUACAGCAGGUAUAGGCAAACUCUGGCCUUCCAGAUGUUUGGGACUACAAUUCCCAUCAUCCCUGACCACUGGUCCUGUUAGCUAGGGAUGAUGGGAAUUGUAGUGCCGAACAUCUGGAGGGCCCAAGUUUGCCUAUGCCUGGUCUAUAGGGUACAUAAAGGUGGCAGGAUACACUGAGCUGCAAAUGCUGCAGUAACUUGAAAUCUGCCACCUUCUCCUCCUAAGAGUAAGCGCAGUGCUGCAAAGGAAAGGAACCUUAAUCUUUCAUUUAUUUUAUUUUUAUUGGUGGUGUUAUUUAUUUAUGGUGACUUCCAAUGCGCUAGAACGGGCGUCAUACAAAAGUACAACCUAGGCAAUGAAACAGGAAUGAAAUGAGUGGCAGAAUUCACAACAGAAUCACGGUUCCUAAAACUCCCACAUUUUCACAGUCUUCCCCCCCCCCUUUUUCUCCUAAGGCACACAGAAGAAGACACAAUGGAUCCUUUCUGCCCCGCCAGUGCUUUCCCCUGGGGAAAUGGCUUUUCAGAUGGAUUGUGUUUAGUAGACGUCAGAUGGUACCCCCAAGAGUUAGCUGACAGGCUAUGUGCUCAAGUAAAAUAGUUCAGGCAAAACUAAUUCCAGGGGCAUGUUUGUGCCUGAUACAGUGUCACUGCCAGUAGAUGCAGAAAAAAAUGUAUAGGAGAGCUUUUGUAUAUUUACCUGAAAAGUGUUAAUCAUUAGUGGAAGGCGAGGGGGGUGGAAUCCACAUGCCAGCAGCUGUAGGAACAAGCAGGAACAACAGAGGCAGAAGCUGGGCAUUAGGUUUGUUUGUGCAGAUUGCUAGGAAUGCCCUAGUUCAGGUCUUGCCUCCCACAUGAACUCUCUGCAUGGUCAUAGGCAAGCUUCUCCCUUUUUAGCCUUACCUUCUCGCACCACUGGGACGCGGGUGGCCCUGUGGUGUAAGUAAACCACUGAGCCUUGGGCUUGCUGAUCGGAAGGUAAGCGGUUCGAAUCCCCGCAACAGGGUGAGCUCCCGUUGCUCGGUCCCUGCUCCCGCCAACCUAGCAGUUCGAAAGCACGUCUAAGUGCAAGUAGAUGAAUAGGUACUGCUCCAGCGGGAAGGUAAAUGGUGUUUCCGUGCACUGCUCUGGUUUCGCCAGAAGCGGCUUAGUCAUGCUGGCCACAUGACCCAGAAAAACUGUCUGCGGAAGCGAACAAACGCUGGCUCCCUCGGCCUGUAAAGCGAGAUGAGCGCCUCAACCCCAGAGUUGUCCGCGACUGGACUUAACUGUCAGGGGUCUUUUACCUUUACCUUCUCGCACCACUACCCUAUCUGCUGUAUGGCUAUGAUGAUAGUGAGCAACAUUACUGGGUUGCUGAAUAGAUUGCUGAGGGAAACCCUUACAUGCAUCUUGGGGGAGGGGGAAUCACACAUAGUAAGGGGCUUUUGGCCCAAUCCAGGGACAUGCAGCCCUUUGGACCUGCCCCAAUGUCACAUGAGCUAAAACCCUGAGCUGCUGUGCUUCUAGUUCACAUGGGAAGCCAUGGGCCUAGGCUUCCCCCUGCAGAUGUCCACAUCUCAGGUGUGUCGAUUGGGACCAGGGGAUGGGGGCCACAUGACCUUGAGGUGGCUCCAACAGUGACCUACAAAUUCACACAUGUACACGAAGCGCAUGUGAAGCUCUUUGUGAACACACAAAUGGUUCUUCCUAGGUAUAGUACAUGUUUUGGGGUAAGAAUUAUGUUUGUUCGACUAACCCAAAACUUUGCUAAUUACAUGUCGUCUGUUUCCCCUCUCCCGGGAUUCUAGAAGGCAGUUCCCAGAGCAAAGAAUAGGAAGUGUCCUCAGUCUGUCAGAGGCUGUCUUCACAUACACAGGAAGUCCCUAACUCACCAACAGUUUGAGACCCAUUGGCUACCCUCACCUGGUUUAGUUGGCCACUCAAAGCAGUUCUUGGGGUGUGGCCGCUGUUGCAUGCUGACAACUUUGAGGAGCACAGGUGAGAUCUGAGUGCAGGGUGGGGGCCAAAGGUACACAGACUACCCCAGAAGGAGUGCAGCGUACCCCACACCAGAGGUAAAGGUAAAGGGACCCCUGACCAUUAGGUCCAGUCAUGACCGACUCUGGGGUUGCGGUGCUCAUCUCGCUUUAUUGGCCAAGGAAGCUGGUGUACAGCUUCCGGGUCAUGUGGCCAGCAUGACUAAGACACUUCUGGCGAACCAGAGCAGCACACGGAAACGCCGUUUACCUUCCUGCUGGAGUGGUACCUAUUUAUCUACUUGCACUUUGACGUGCUUUCGAACUGCUAGGUUGGCAGGAGCAGGGACCGAGCAACGGGAGCUCACCCCAUCGCGGGGAUUUGAACCGCUGACCUUCUGAUUGGCAAGCCCUAGGCUCUGUGGCUUAACCCACAGCACCACCCGCGCCCCCCACACCAGAGGUACUACUCCCCUAACAUACCAUUUAAAGAAAUCCCUCAAUACUCAGCUCUUGUGAUCCUAGCUACGAUCACAAUAUUGAUUUCAAUGGAAUUUCCAAAUAUGUGGUCUUAAGAUUAGGGCAUCAUUGUACAGUGGUACCUCCGGUUGCGGACGGGAUCCGUUCCGCAGGUCCGGUCGAAUCCCGAGGUUUCCGCAACCUGAAGACCGCUUCUGCGCAUGUGUGCGCGAUGAAACCUGGUAAAAUACUUCAGGGUUUGCCGCGCGCAUUACGUAAACAGAAGUGUGACUAUAUAUCAUAGGAUCCAAAUUCAAUCAAUCACUGAUUUUAUUUUUGCUUUGGUCUCUUUAAUCCCCAAUGUCAGUUUCUUAAAUUUGGAUUUGGGAUGGGUUUAUGGGAGCAGCACUGGAUGUUGCAAAUCUUAUUUUGAAGCCUUGGGAUUCUGAACAUGUAGCUUCUAGUUUAAAUUGUAUCAUUUAUUUAUUAUUCUGUACAUUAGCGCUGUACAUUGAAGCAUUCAGUUGCACACAUGGACUUCACAAUUUAUUCUUUUCAUUACCUUGCUGCUUGUGUGAGGAUUUUUUUAGCUGCCAUUGGCUAGAUCUUGCAUUUUAUUGGUUAUUGGUGGAAACUGCUUUAAUUGUUAAAACCCAUCACGUUAUACCUGAUCUGUUUUACCAUAAAGGCUGAAGUUUAAUGUUUCCACCUUUAUUUUUUAUAAAAUGUGUUAUCUCUGCCUUGGUUAUUAGAUGAGGGAAAGUGGAGUAUCUUUUGGGUUAGGCUAACAUAAAGUUCACUCCUAACUUUAAGAUGUUAAGUUUUUGAAAGCCCUUCUCAGAACAAUUCUAGGAGUACAGAAUCAAAAUUGCUUUUCAACAACCUUGGUAAAUCAGUGGAUAAAAUUGUGUUUCUUUCUUUUUAACCUGGUAAAAGUUGGGUGUUGUAGAACCCACACCUUAAAUUCAGCUCCUGAGAGAUGUACCGUAUUUUUCGCCCCAUAGGACGCACCGGCCCAUAGGAUGCACCUAGUUUUGGGGGGGGAAAUAAAGGGGGGGAUUAUUUUUUUCCCCCAGGUGCGGGGCUGGGGCGGGGGAAGUUCGGGCCCCAGAACAGGCUGCUAUCCGCAAGCCGUGGGAGAGCUGCGCGAAGCCAGAAGCUUGGGGUGUGCUGAGCUCAGUGCGCCCCAAGCUUUUGGGUGCCAGGCAAGCUCUCCAUUAGCCGUGGGAGAGCUUCGUCUCCCACGGCUAGCGGAUAGCUUCCUGAAGCCUGGAGAGCGAGAGGGGUCGGUGCGCACCGACCCCCCUCACUCUCCAGGUUUCAGCGAAAGCCUGCAUUCGCCCCAUAGGACGCACACGCAUUUCCCCUUCAUUUUUGGAGGGGAAAAAGUGCGUCCUAUAGGGCGAAAAAUACGGUACUUCCACCUGUGAACCUACUGAAGGGAGCAAAGGGUGCUGACUGGGUACUGCGAAUUUGCCAGUGUUAAUACACACACACACACACACACACACACACACAUAUGUUACCUACAUUGAUUAGCUGAUAGGACUGGUGCUCAAAACUGGUACUGGAGAUAACACUAUGGAAUCUGGCUUCACAAAAAGCCGCCUUAUAUUUUUAUACGUAGGUUUUGUAAUGGGGUCACUAGGUUUUCUCUGACAGCUCAGCUUCCUACAUAACCACAGUGACUGAGACUUUCUACUUCAGUUUCUAGGUAAAAAGAUGACCUCUAAGUAUUGUUCCCUAAUCUAUGGCAUUUAUCAUCUGAAGUAUUAUUAGACUAUUAUUUUUAGGUUUCUCUUUCAUAUACCUGACUGUUCCACUUUCCUGAAACCUUACCUAUGAUAUGCAUUUUCAAAAAGGCUAUUAAAAGUGAACCCACCCUUAGAGAUGGCUUAAAUCCGGGAUACUUAGCUUUUUACAUUCAAAGGGGACAUUCAUCCAAGUUGAUUCAUGGUGCCCAGGAAAUGCUAAAGUUUCUGCCUAUUUAUAUACCUGAUUUGUUUCAAGAGAUAAAUUUCUUUACUUAGAAAAACUAGGAAGAGAGGGAAUUGGAUAUACUGUGGUUGUUGUUGUUUAGUUGUUUAGUCGUGUCCGACUCUUCGUGACCCCAUGGACCAGAGCACGCCAGGCACUCCUGUCUUCCACUGCCUCCCGCAGUUUGGUCAAACUCAUGCUGGUAGCUUCGAGAACACUGUCCAACCAUCUCGUCCUCUGUCGUCCCCUUCUCCUUGUGCCCUCCAUCUUUCCCAACAUCACGGUCUCUUUUCCGGGGAGUCUUCUCUUCUCAUGAGGUGGCCAAAGUCUUGGAGCCUCGGUUUCACGAUCUGUCCUUCCAGUGAGCACUCAGGGCUGAUUUCCUUAUACAGUGGUACCUCGGGUUAAGUACUUAAUUCGUUCCGGAAGUCCGUUCUUAACCUGAAACUGUUCUUAACGUGAAGCACCACUUUAGCUAAUGGGGCCUCCCACUGCUGCCGCACCGCCGGAGCACGAUUUCUGUUCUCAUCCUGAAGCAAAGUUCUUAACCCGAGGUAAUAUUUCUGGGUUAGCGGAGUCUGUAACCUGAAGCGUUGCCUGUUGUGUGCCUGUUACAUAAUUUUGCAGCCAGCUUAGAUAGCAAAAAAUGGGGAGAAUGAAGACUAAGGUUUACACAUGAGAAGCAGCCAAACAGGUUUCAAGUGGGUCCAGGAGUGCCCCAAACAAUUCUAACAUUAUUGGACAUCCAAAGAUUGUAACAGAUAGGUGUGCUAUGACCAGAAAGUAUGAAUAAACGGUAUGCAUGCAGAGCAAAUGAUUCUCAACCACUCACCCAAAACGAACAAUCCAAGUUACAGGUCAAAAUUACCUGUGUAUGUACAGGAGAAAUUCUAGAAAGCUCCUGCCUAUUUUGCAGAUUAGAGAGACAAGCUUCAAGGGAAAUCUAUGAAUUCAUGUUAGAGAGUUCAAAUGCAAAUGCAAGCUCCCCUUCGCUACUUCUCCUUUUGCAACGGAUGCAACACAGUCACAGGACGCCUAUAAAUGCACAUAGAAACUCUGCCUCCAUACAUGAUGUCAGAAAGACAAGAGACUCGCUUCCUCAUUCAAGCAACACAGCCAAGAGGAGCAGAUAAGGAGACAGACAUGUAGAGAUGUAUGAGAGGUACUAAUAUAGCAACCACCACCCGAAUUUAAGGGAGGAAGAAGACUCAGAAAGGUACAAGAAAAGGAAUCAACACACAUACCUGUCUCCUCCUAGAACUGCUAGCACAUUUGCAAAGCUUAAGCAGGGUUGGGUCUGGUUUCAAGUUGGAUAGGGGGCUGUGUGUUGAGAUUACUGCAUUGCAGGCGGUUGGACUAGAUCAGGCUUCCUCAGCCUCUGCUCUCCAGGUGUUUUUUGGCCUACAACUCCCAUGAUCCCUAGCUAGCAGGACCAGUGGUCAGGGAAUAUGGGAAUUGUAUUGUUGUAUUGCUAUAUUGUUUUUAACACUUGAUUGGAAGCCACCCAGAGUGGCUGGGGAAACUCAACCAGAUGGGCGGGGUAUAAAUAAUAAAUUAUUGUUAUUGUAGUCGCAAAACAUCUGGAGGGCUGAGGUUGAGGAAGCCUAGAUGACUCUCAGGUACCUCCCAACUCUUCAAUUUUAUGAGUCUAUCAUGCCUUUCUCUCUCCCUCUUUUCAUCCAUUUAAAGUUGUUGUAUUUUUCACUCUAUAAGACGCACCAGACCACAAGACGCACCUAGUUUUUGGAGGAGGAAAACAAGGGAAAAAAAUUCCGAAUCUCAGAAGCCAGAACAGCAAGAGGGAUCGCUGCGCAGUGAAAGCAGCAAUCCCUCUUGCUGUUCUGGCUUCUGGGAUAGCUGCGCAGCCUGCAUUCGCUCCAUAAGACGCACACACAUUUCCCCUUACUUUUUAGGAGGGGAAAAGUGAGUCUUAUAGAGCAAAAAGGAUGGUAGUUUAAGAUCCCAAAGCUGGUAGCCAUAGUUUUCCCAUUCAGAUGGGAAGAUAUGGUUAAUUAGAUACUUCCUGCGCAUUGUGAAGGGGGGAAAAACAGUUUGUGCUGAUCUCUCCUUAAGUCAAGAUAUGAUCCAAACAACGCUGUGUCGAUAUUACACGCAGGACAACAGGGAUGGCUUGGCUUUUUGGUUUGAGGUGUCUGUUGAGAAAUCAUGGGAAGUUUUGCCAACAAUGAUGGCUUAAGCUGUUGUUGGUUCACAUCCCUUGCACCAGGCAUGUCCAGAGUCUGUUUCGGGGGCCUAAUCCAGCCCGCCGGUCAGUUUAAUCCGUCCCCUUUGGCAGUUUAUUUCCUGGGGUAAAACCCUAAAAAAACCUCACCAACUUCAAUCCUAAAAGACGCUCAACAACUCCAACUCUUUGGUCAACAACUUUGGUUGGCCCUCACAGCCCUUCACUUCAUCAAAUCCGGCCCUCUUUGAAAAAAAGUUUGGACACCACUGCUUUAUGUCAAUUAAAUCAUAUAAUAUAUGCCUGAAGACUCUACGUAUUCCAUUCUGGAAUACCCAUUGGAUUCUUCUGCCCAUCAUGGAUCUGUGGAAGAUUUUCCUUUUCUUUUUCCUCUUUUGAAACAGAGGCAGCUUUCAUAUUGUCACUGGGGGUGUGUUUUUUUGGGGGGGGUUUAAUAACAUACUGGUAAAUUCAGGUUUGAAAAUUAAAGUGGAUUUGGUGCUUUUGCACAACAAACCUGUUUCUCUCUCCCCACCCCCACCCCCAACCUUCAAACAACUUGACUUCUUGCAGUUAGGAAAGUGACAGGAAAAUGCACUGGGAAGUGUGGGGUGAGAAUUCUUUGGUGUAACAUUGUGUAACCUCCCUUCAAAGAAAAUUGGAGCGAAUGCCCAAGAAAGAGCCGAUAUGCAGACAAAUCAGGAUGAAUGUUCAGUAAACAGAUCUGUCUGGAAGCAGCCAGAGUGUGAAAAGUUUGUCUUUGGUUUGUUUUCAAGUACACCCCCUGCCUGCCUGCCUCAGGAUGAUAAACAGGCCUGUUAUGGUGUUUUUAAUCUCUCUUAGGGAAGGAAGUACGCUUUUAAAUAAACAUCAGAUACCUUUCCAUUUCUGCUAUCUUGAAUGAAAAUGAAAUCUUUAAAAUACCUUGCCGUUUGUGUGUGCGUGUGUCACACUGUGCUCUUGAAACGGUUUCAAAGGUACUUCAUAAUUUCCCCCUUUCUCUCCUUGAAAAAUCCAAGUGAAUUAAAAGCAAUUAGAGCUUCAAAGCCAGCUAUAUUUAAAAAUAGUAGCAUUUUUGUGAAUGUUUCUUCAAUAGAAGAAACAUCGCCUAUUGGAAACAGCAAGCCUGGAUCUCUUCCAGCCUUCUCCUAUAUUAUUUGAUAACUUAGUUGUGACUAAAGCCUUUAACAUACUCUGAAUAUUUAGAUAAAUGCUGCUUUUUAAUUUUAAAAAGAGCACUCUGUGCUCCUUUUGAUCUGACUCACUUAUCCCUUUCAUCAACGCCUGCCGUCCUCUUCGCAAACCACUUCUGCUACUGAGCUCUGUCAUCUGUAGGCUGCACAGUUAAUACAGGAUUGAUCAAAACUGGGUGGUUGUGAUGCAUAGCUAGAUUUACAUAAGCCUGCAGAACUAUCUGCCUUGUUUCAGGCUUCUCUCGGCUGUCAAAAUCUAGAAAAUUCUAGUUCCACACUCUUCAUAGAAUCAUAGAGUUGGAAGAGACCACAAGGGCCAUCGAGUCCAACCCCCUGCCAAGCAGGAAACACCAUCAGAGCACUCCUGACAUAUGGUUGUCAAGCCUCUGCUUAAAGACCUCCAAAGAAGGAGACUCCACCACACUCCUUGGCAGCAAAUUCCACUGUCAAACAGCUCUUACUGUCAGGAAGUUCUUCCUAAUGUUUAGGUGGAAUCUUCUUUCUUGUAGUUUGGAUCCAUUGCUCCGUGUCCGCUUCUCUGGAGCAGCAGAAAACAACCUUUCUCCCUCCUCUAUGUGACAUCCUUUUAUAUAUUGGAACAUGGCUAUCAUAUCACCCCUUAACCUCCUCUUCUCCAGGCUAAACAUGCCCAGCUCCCUUAGCCGUUCCUCAUAAGGCAUCGUUUCCAGGCCUUUGACCAUUUUGGUUGCCUUCCUCUGGACAUGUUCCAGUUUGUCAGUGUCCUUCUUGAACUGUGGUGCCCAGAACUGGACACAGUACUCCAGGUGAGGUCUGACCAGAGCAGAAUACAGUGGCACUAUUUUUUUGGCACAUUAUGGUUUUUUUUUUUUCUUCUCUACAUACCUCUUAACUGUCCCUCCAGGCGAUUCCAGUGGCUGGUCCCAACAUGUGGAAUUGGGGGGGGGGGUUCCACCUGCUCCUGCUCUCUGAUUGUUAUGUAGCCUCCCCUUCUCUUAGGCAGAGGCUUGUCCUGUUCCUCCGCACCCUUCUCUUUUGUAGGAAGUUUGUGCUGACAUCCAGUUUUGACUUGCUUAUAGGGGAGCUUCAGUUGUGGUUUGCUGGCCCCAGCCUUGGUAGCCCUUGCACUUGGAAAUGCAAGUGUGCAAAUGCAGGAGAGCACUUGUGCGGUAGAACUAAUAUUCCCACAACUUCCCCCCUCUACCUCUCCCCCCCCCCGCCAUGUUUAAAUCAGUUGAGCUCCAAAACCAGAAAUAUGCUCAACCUCUGGGAGCAAAGGGGUUUUAAAAGAAUUGGUGAGUGCAGAAGGGGUUAAACGCCCCCUUCUCCCCAUGCCAGUUCUCCAGUACAAAUGACCCCUAUGCCCCUCCCCCCAAUGUUUGUUGGGCCUUGGCAAUUGAUGCUUCCCUAUGAAGGACAUGGCUUAUGACAUGGGUAGGCAAACUAAGGCCCAGGGGCCGGAUCUGGCCCAAUCGCCUUCUAAAUUCAGCCCACGGAUAGUCCAGGAAUCAGCGUGUUUUUACAUGAGUAGAAUGUGUGGUUUUAUUUAAAAUGCAUCUCUGGGUGAUUUGUGGGGCCUGCCUGGUGUUUUUACAUGAGUAGAAUGUGUGCUUUUAUUUAAAAUGCAUCUCUGGGUUACUUGUGGGGCAUAGGAAUUCGUUCAUUUUUAUUUUUAUUUUCAGAAUAUAGUCCGGCCCCCCACAAGGUCUGGGGGAAGGUGGACCGGCCCCCUGCUGAAAAAGUUUGCUGACCCCUGUAAGCCCCAAGUGAUCAGCCAGAUGGGACCAAUAGGUAGUUCCAUAAUGACCAACACCAAAUCACGAAUGGGAGGAAGAAAAUAAAAAUAUAUAAUGGAAUUAAGUAUUUAUUACAAUGACAUUGUGAUAAAUAUUUCAGUGCAUUUUAAGGACAGUUGCUCUUUUAUCAGGGGAAGCUAUUUUUAACAGAUUCCGUCCAUAAGCCACAAUGCAAGGCUCUUGCUAACUUCUCAGCGGUGCAGUGGGCUGCCUCGCAUGGCUCCGUGGCAUGUGUUUGACUGGGUUGGUCACUGUUUUGUGCAGGUGCAGUCCACUCCCCCAGAUGUACAUUGCACCAAAUCGGAGUAGCACCAGCCCCUAGCAUCCUUAGCGGUCCUGAGUAAAAUGUUUGUGUUGCAGCUUUUAACCUCCUAACACUGGAAGCAGUGCUGAGACAUUCAGUUGGUUCAGGGCAAUGCAAGGGUGGUUGUUCAGUAGUGAGGGCAGGAUAUAAAUGGUAAUAGCAGGAUGCUGCUGUUGGUUUUUAAAACAACACCAACGGAGAAGGUGGAAGAGUAAAGGUGGAAGUGUUUGGUCAGUUUUUGGUUUAAUUCACUGUGGGAAUGCUGAAACAUGAGGAACUACGCAACUGGCCUAUAAAAUGCAGAAUAGUCCUCCGAUGACUCAUCUAGUACAAUGCAGUAUAUUUGUCAAGGAGACUGAAUCAUUCAAGGGGGGGGGGGAGCCACUUUUCUACUAACCAGCUGGUACUCGAGUCAGCAAGGCAAUCCAUUUUAUCGUAUGGUUUAUUGUGGCAAUAAUGGUAAAAACUGCACGCGGGGUUAUAAAAUGUAGAGGAAAUGGCAUCUGUCGGCAGGUACGUGUCUUCCUCUUUUAGAUGCUGUGUGUGCCUGGGCUCAGGUAGCCGGAUUUUUCCUCUUUCCAUGGUUUCUAGUCUCCCUUUUUAAAAACAAGUCUGUAAAUUCUGCAGUGGUGUGUUGUGGAAAGAAGGCACAUUUUAAUGGCUGACAUUUAAGAUGUUUCACUUGUGCUUACAUGACCCCUUUGGACUGAAAUGUGGAGUUGGGGGGGGGAUGAAGGCUACCUUUUCAUGAACUGAGUGACAGGGCAAAAAGGGAACUGGAUUUUGAAUGGCAAAGCAUAUCAUUGGGGACUGCGGCUCUUAUCUAUAUGAGUUGGCAGGUGACUAACAUUCUUUGAAGGAUGAGUGUAUCUAUCAUAGGUGAUUUGAGUUGUGAUAAAUUAAACUUUAACCAACGGUGUAUGCAGUAAUAACAGAGGGCUCUUGCCCUGGGGAGGAUUUCCCUCUCACCAAAUUCAAAAGGGACAAUUUCUUUUAUACUUCACAAAAUGUUGUAUUGCUAUUUAUUUUUGUCUGUAUUUGCUUUAUGCAGCAUUAAAAAAACAAAACAAACCAGGGAUGAAAAAAAGACAAAUUCAACCACAGGUAGAGGUACAUUUAUGGAAGUCUGUGGGGACACUUACAUUUUGCCAGCGGCCUGGUGGUGUAGCUUGGUGAUCCAGUAAUCCAACUGUUCUAUUUAUAGCUAUGCCUGUAAAGCAUAACAAAGCCUAGGGGUCCAGUUUUGCUGAUAGAUGUGCUUAGCAUCACAGCUUAAGCUAAUGGUCCCUAAAGGUAAAGGACCCCUGACAGUAAAGUACAGUCGUGAACAACUCUGGGGUUGCAGUGCUCAUCUCGCUUUACUGGCCGAGGGAGCCGACGUUUGUCUGCAGACACUUUAUCUGGGUUAUGUGGCCAGCAUGACUAAGCCGCUUCUGGCGAAACCAGAGCAGCGCACGGAAACACCGUUUACCUUCCCAUCGGAGCGGUGCCUAUUUAUCUAUUUGCACUUUGAUGUGCUUUCGAACUACUAGGUUGGCAGGAGCUGGGACUGAGCAACGGGAGCUCACCCCGUUGCGGGGAUUUGAACCACCAACCUUCUGAUCGGCAAGCCCUAGGCUUAGUGGUUAGAGCACAGCACCACCAUGUCCCAGUUGUCCCUAGGUCCCCUUCAAAGCCCCUCCAAAACUUUAAGCAGGCUUCACCAGCAAAAGCUCAUCUUCCAACAGAGCCCAUCUUCCUAUCAUUUCCGUAUCUGUGGAAUAUUUUGCCAAAAGACAGAAGUGAAUUUUGAUAGAGAAACGUUAUUGAAUAAAUGCUUUCCCUUUUGUAUUAAUUUGAUAACAACAACAAAAUGCAGACAUAACAGCAGCAAAGAAAACACAAUAAUCAAAAAUGUUAAUCAUAAGGCAUCACAGCCUGGAAGGACAAAUGCUUUGACACACGGCUCGGCAAGCAAUACUUGUAUUAAUGAACUGUAGCCAUAGCACAUGUGACCAUGCUAUCUACAGGGAGACUUGUCUGGGGGGUUUUAGAAGAAACAGGAAAAAUAGUAGUUGUCUAACGACAAGGUUAUCUUGAUUUUUAAAAAUGACAUACAUCAUCUGUAUGUCUUUUUUUAUUAAGUAACAAAUAAUUCUCUGAGGACCGUUUUCAGCCGUGGAUGCAAUUGUAGAAGAAUUAUCAAUUCAUUAAAAUUCCUACUUCUGUGUGUUCACUCUCUCAAUAUGACACCUAGUUAUUUUAUUAAAAGCAAUUGUACCCCACACUCUGCGCAUCUUACAGUAUUUGAAAUCUACAAUUAUCUAAAAGAAACAGGAGCCAUCACUUAAAAACAAACACUUGCUGCAUGAAGCAAAAGUCUGCUGGAAUAAAACAAAGUGUUCACCAAUUGGCAAAGAAGAGGAAAGGCAAGAGAGGAUAUGUGUAUAUGUCGGUAUUUUCACAGUUUAUUACAUGCUCAUUCUCUGGACAUCAGGGAAGGAAACUUGUGAGUGAGUGGUUCCUGGAUCUUGGAAGACAGAAUGUUGCCUGCCCUGCCCUGCCAGAUGGAUUACUAUGUGGGUCUAUCCUUGGAGUCAGUCUGGGGGCUGCCACUUGUGUACUUGUGGGAUAACAAAAGGCGAGGUGAAUGAAAUAUCCUGAGUUGGAUUAUAUUGUUUUCAGUGUUGCUUUCAAUCUUUCUUGUCCCCACUCACCUCCAUCCUGCGUUCAUUUUAUUUUAUUUUGAAGAACAGAGUUUAUGACUCAUAGGACAGAAAGUUGGGCAGGGGGAGGAACAAAGGAGGCAAAGAGAAGAGAAAUAAAUGUUUGAUGUAAAUCAGAAAAUGUAGCUCAUUCCCAAAUGCCUUUUGCUGGAAUGUUAAAUAAUGUGAUGUUUCGCCCGAAAACUUGGUCCAGAGAUUUACCUUUUCACCUACGGAAUUCAUGUCACUUUUCAGCCUGCAAUUCUCUUGUGAUUUUCAAUACUGUGAUCAGUAAUCAUUAAGUUCUCCCUUCCCCACCCACAGUCUCAAGCUGUCAGGAUCAGACCAGCAUGCACAGAUCUAAUCCAAAGAAUCUAGCCAAAGUAUCACAAUAGUCUGCCCCCGAUCAAAUAGUGAACCCCAAAGAAACACACUUUAAAAAGAGAAUGUGAAAUAUGAAUAGUAAACAAGGCAAAUCGACAAGGAUGUGAAGAAAGCAUGACAGGUUGCACAGUGCCUUUUUUCUUGCUAUCAAGAAUCUCCAUCACAUAAACACAGUGACCUUGGACUUUCCCAUCCAGUUGUGUGAGGCUUCUCCACAUUUUGAGUGUUCUGCUAAUCUUGCUUUUUGUUUGUAACUUGUCUCACUCACCAGCUGAUUAUAACCUGGGAUCUAAAAACAGAUCUUCAUAAGGCUGAAACAUCAACCAUCACCAACAAAAGCCACCCCAAAAAAGGUAUCUUGCUUUGGCAACUCUGCAGGGGGCAUAGGCUUUUUGCUGAGCCAACUCUAUUCUGCACUUCUGGCCAUUUGCAGCCUAAACUUUUGCAGAAAAAAUAUCCUAGAAGAAUGCUGUGGCAAUUUCAACCAGAUGUAAGGGAAAAUAUGACCUUGAAUGUCUUUGGGGGUUCAGGCCUUUUAAGGGCUUGUUGAGAUAGUAUCUCCUUGAGUUAUGUCUGGAAAACAACACUCCUGCAUCUUCCCGAUGGCUGAAAAUGAAGCUGUGAAAUGGGACCCAGAAGGACAUCACAAGAAGAUUUCAUUGCGCUGAGCAGCAAUUACCUUUUGUGUCUUUUCUGCCAGGAAUGCACAGAAGCACUCCAGUAGCUCCACAUCUAAAAGAACAGGACACCAUGUCCCCUGAUAACUCUUGCCCAAGAUCAACCGAUAGGGCAGCAGAAUGCAAUCAAAGUGAUAGCAUCUCCCAAUGAUUCCUGGAUAUAUGCUUUCUCCUGGGAUAGAAAUCCUUUUGCCUAUCCCAAGCAAAAAACCUAAUUGGCAUCCCAUUUUCCACUGUUUCAUGCAAGGAAAAGCACGGCAGAUUGCACAGUACUUUUUUUCUGGGAGGAAAACGGCCUCAUCCUAACAACAAGGGAACUCCUCCCAUUCACUGGUCUACAUGUCAACAAUCUCAUGCUUCUAUUAAUAGGUUUGUUUUAUCCCAUGGGUGGUAUCCUAGAAAGGAACUCCCUACCAUUGGCCCAUCUGGGAUAAAAUAAAUUUCAUUGGUUAACUUCAAAAGCUAUGAUGUCAUUGAUUCCAGAUCUCAGACCAACCCUCCAAUAAAUAGAGAGAAGAGUUUUUGCUGGUCCACAUCUUCCACUUCCACUUCCAGAAACAUGACUAAGGCAAUACCAGAGGUGUGUCUAUUAGAGGACCGGUCUUUCUCCAGGCAUCUAAGCUUUAUCUAUUCUAGAAGAGGUAAACCUUUGAACGAAAAGCAUUUUAGUUUAUAAAAAAAAACUAGGAAUGUGAUCUUUUGAUACUUGUCUUUUGAGCCAGCGUUCUUGUCCUUUGUUGAUAUUGUAACAAAAUGCUUUAGCCUAGGAAUUCUGCUUAUGUGAUUCUGGUAAAAGUGAUGCAUUGAUUUCUCUGUGUGCAAGCAAUGCAGACUAAUUUAUACUUUCCAAAAGGAUUUAUUGCUAUUUAUCAUACAAAGACCUGCAGCCCUUAUAGCCUGCUGUAAGUAGGAGCAGAUAUUCUUUUUAUGGUGUUAGGAGACUUACCCACAGUGUUUAAAAGUAAACCAUUUCAAUUUCCCAGUGUUGGCUUGUGUUUACAGAGUCUCAAAUGUAGGCUGUAUUCAUCACCAAGAGUAGACCACUUGGAAAGCAGCUGAGUAGGUAGCAUCUUGCUAGCCACCAGAACAGUUUGGUGUUUGAGUUUGGGGGUUUCUUGGCGGGGGGGACGGGUUGUUGCUGCUAGUGAUUUAGUUUCCAUGCAAAUUUAAGUGGGUAUUAAAAUUUACUGGUCACCACUAAAACUUGUACUGUGCUAAACUUGCAGCCAUUCUACACAUCACACAGAAUGUGAUGAUAGCCUAGGAUUGCAUAUGCAUUCGCUUGCCACAAAGAAAGCUGCACUAAACCUUUUUUCCCCUCUGGUUUCCUAGUUAUGCAGGGAAUUCUGUCUGUGCAGAAGCACGCUCAGAUCUGACAGAUAUGUCAUACCCGCCGCCAGAAGUAGCACGAUUCAGGAACUUGCUGCUUUAAUCUGCAUAAUGUAUUGAUAGGUUCUUGAUCUGCAAAGAAAAGAACUUUGUGUUAGAAAAGCUGUGAUUCCCGUGAGUGUUUUGAAGAAGAGUUUCAGGCAGAGACUCAGCAAAUAGAUCCAGAGAGAGCAGGGCCAGCUUAACUUCAAACUGUGGUGACACGCAUGGCCAUCUGAAGGACGUUUGUUGAAAGUUAAGAACAUUGCUGCUAGCAAUAUAUAUUACAGCUUCUAUAGCCUACGUAUAGUAGCGGUGUUUAAAAUGAGAGUCGCCAUAGCGACCCGUAGUUAAAAGUAGAAGUCGGCAAAUGUGUCCUCUUUUUUUGCUCUUCAAAAUAUGGCAGCCCUAGGUAAAAGAUCUGAGGAACUGCUGUAGUUAAAUGAUUCCUCCAGUAGAUUUGAGAUUAGAGUUCAGUUCUGUUUUUAGAGAAUGCUAGCCUUCAAAUAAUGCUCUGUUUUUCCCGAAAACAAAAAACACCUACCAGGCAGCCAAUGAAAUUUGCUCUUUCCAAGUAAUUGGAUCAAUCUGGUUUAUUCCUUUUUACCAUGACCUCAUGUGAAUGCGAAUGCAGAAUGUGAAGCUGAAUGGAGUUAGUGCAGAUUCUGAAUGGUGUUUCAGCCAUUAAUUUGCCUCUUUAUUGGAUUCCGCCCUUUCCUUUUGUCUGUUCCCAUUUAACAACCUCCACCUUUGACCUCUGACACUAUAAUGUUCUUUUGCUGAAUGGACGCUUUAGAGCCAGAUGAUUAUUCCAUUGUAAAUUGUGGAGUCAUUAGGAGCGCUCUAUUCUUAAAGCUUUUUGCUGUGCCAAAUGGUUUGUUCUAUACUUGAAGAUUCUGGAGAGAAAUAAGGGAGUUUGUGCUCCACAGAACUCAGUUUGGUCAUAGUGCAAAGUGUAAGAAUAUGAGGGUUACAUGCAUCCUUGGUUCUGUUUUUGCAGCCACAUCAGUGCAAAGUAAUUUAAUGCAUGUCUAAUUAUAGAAUUAUUGAAGAAUUAUAAGUCAAAUGCUUGGGAAAAGUUUGCUCAUUUUAAUUCCCCCCUUGCUUGUAAAAAUAAACAGGUUCUGAAAUCAUUUCAAAUUACAACUUGUUUAUGGUGAGAGGGGUAAUUGUUCGUUUUUAUGCAGUUUGUCUCUGUUUUGCCAGUGAAUUCAAAGUUGCUUUGCUUAUUUCUUUAGUGCAUUUGUCUCUUUUGAGUGGUGAGGGGGAUGGGAGGUGUUAACUACGAAAUGAAAUCCAUCUAAGAGAGAAGCAAUUUAGGUUUUUCCAAGUUAUUUCUUGCAUUGGCCAACACUUUAAAUUAAAAGUGUAAAGAAGAAUUAGUAAAGUUUGGAAGAGUUUCAGCUCCCCAGCUUGGUCUGUUGAAGGCCAGAGACUUGCUUCUGACUUCAUAGCAAAAAUCCCCUUUCCGUCACACCCAAACGCUUUAAUAAUUUGCAAUUUGGGGAUCCAUGGCCCCUACUGAUGGUUACAGGAUGGAAUUAUGCUUUUAACUAUAGUGAUUUCUUGCUAUUCCCAAUCUGAGAAAUCUGCAAGCAGAUCAGCCUACCACAUAAUCUUAGCUGAACAGAGCAGAAUGCUAUCUACUGGUGCCAUCAUCAAAGGAUCUGAGAGAAGGGCUGUCCCCCAGCCUCCCGUAUGACGCUUGGUUUCUAACACGCCCAUCCCCGUUCAGAACUCAAGUGAAAUCAAAAGUGUUCGCUCCCACUACAAAAUUCAAGUAUUUUCUAUUACUGCUGUUGCAAAAAGUUGCUGUUGCAAAAAGUCACUGUGGUCAUUCUGUAUAGAACUGAACUUUGCAUAGAAUAGUCAUUGGAUUUUAAUGGUCUUUUGGCUCAACUGUUUAUAAUUGUUGGAAAGUAUGACCUCCUCUCUCUCAGCUUUCUAGUGAAAAGUAAAGACAGCUUUAUUUGAGGCUGACCGAGCUGCUGCAAGGGCUGCACACACACACACACACACACACACACACACACACAGCUGUUCUUGUUUACUUUGAUUUCCUUUUCCUUCUUAAAUACUCUUUCAGCGAUAUUAAGGUACUUUGGCAUGAGAUGGGGAGUGCAUUUACAUACCGUAUUUUUUGCUCUAUAAGACUCACUUUUUCACUCCUCAAAAGUAAGGGGAAAUGUGUGUGCGUCUUAUGGAGCGAAUGCAAGCUGCGCAGCUAUCCCAGAAGCCAGAUCAGCAAGAGGGAUUGCUGCUUUCACUGCGCAGUGAACCCUCUUGCUGUUCUGGCUUCUGAGAUUCAGAAUAUUUUUUUUCUUGUUUUCCUCCUCCAAAAACUAGGUGCGUCUUGUGGUCUGGUGCGUCUUAUAGAGCGAAAAAUACGGUAUGUUUUCUCUACACCUGGUUGUUUACCUGCCUACUACUUCCAUGCAUAUGAUGAGGUGGGCUCUCUCCUCCUUGGACGUUUAUGCCACAGUAGGUCUGUUUCAAGUGUUACAUCUGUUGUGGUGCUACAAUUCUUCUGUUUUAAAGCGUUAAGGCUAAUGGGAGGAGGUGGCACUCAAAAUGUUUUCACACUGUGCCUAAUGCAAGUUAGCACAGCUACUGCUUUUCCUGUAUCAGUUUAGCCGUUCCUUUAAACUUUAGGCAGGGAGCAGAUGAUUUAACAGGUUGGGACUUCCCUUUCCCCUUUUACCAUAAUUUUAAUCAAGGUAAUACAACACUAAGAAUGAAAAAGUUCACAUUGAUUACUUAAAAAGAGCCCAUUGAUGAAUUGUUGGAGCUUGGGAUGAUGGCUGCAGCUUGGGAGCAAAUUGAAUUAAUUUUGGUUAUUCUCUUGCACACAAACUAGAAUGUUGAAUCCAUGUUUAAGGUUGGCAUCCUGAUCCUGGCUUGUUUGGAAACCAUGAACCAUAAUUCCCAGCUUGCGGAGAACGGGAGGCUAUGGUUAAACUGGGUGUCCUUGGUUUGUUUGUCCUCUUCCCCACUUGCAUCAAGGGAGGUGAGAAGCCAGGAUUAAAAGUUUGCAUACAGAUGGAUGAAGUUAUUGUGUAUCUUGGUGCAUUGAUUACACAAAGAUGCACACUCUCUCAGCCUGGCAUGGGGAUAACAAUUCCAACCUAACUAAAACAUUGUUGUAAGGCAGGGGUAGGCAACCUAAGGCCCAUGGGCCACAAGCAGCCCACGGGAAUCGUUAACCAAUAUACCUGAAGGAGCAUCUCCACCCCCAUCAUUCAGACUGAGGUCCAGCGCCAAGGGCCUUCUGGUGGUUCCCUCGCUGCAAGAAGCCAAGUUACAGGGAACCAGGCAGAGGGCCUUCUCGGUAGUGGCACCUGCCCUGUGGAACGCCCUCCCACAAGAUGUCAAAGAGAAAAAUAACUACCAAACUUUUAGAAGACAUCUGAAGGCAGCCCUGUUCAGGGAAGCUUUUAAUGUUUAAUAGAUUACUGUAUUUUAAUAUUCUGUUGGAAGCUGCCCAGAGUGGCUGGGGGAACCCAGCCAGGUGGCUGUGGUAUAAAUAAUAAAUUAUUAUUAUUAUUAUUAUUAUUAUUAUUAUUAUUAUUAUUAACUGGCCCACAAGCCAACCCCAAACCGAGCAGCCCACUUAGCGAGUCCCUGCGUGCUGCGCUAAACCAGCAUGGCGUGGGGACUUGCUUCUGCGGCGCUGCAAAAUGCGUCUGUGCAGACACAGACACCGGAAAUCGUGGGCGCACACUUACACGCCCGCGCGAUCUGGCUAACGGGGAGACCUCCGCUGUAGUGAACCGGCCCAGGCGAGGUAAACCUUUCUGACCCCCGUUGUAAGGAUUAUUGCGUAAGUAUUUUGAACUACUUAAAAGCACUACAUAAAUAGUAAAUAUUAAUAAUAAGUAUAAUUAUUGUACAAAACGCAUUUUGGAAGGAAAUUAGUUGUUUAUGUUAUAGCAAGAAAGCUGACAGUUAGUGUGUUUUGAGCUAUAUUUGAGUAACCAAAUUUGUGCCUCUUGUUCUUGCUGCUUUCUAAAUGAAAUAGAAAGAGAAUUGGGAGGGGGGGAGUGUUGGAGCGCUGUUAGUGCUACACAUUUAGAGACAGCAGAUAAUUAAACGCAUAUGUUCUGCUUCUUGACCCAAGUCCUAUGUUUGCCAAGGAGCACUUAAAGAAUACAGUCCAGAAAGUAUUUUUAGAUUUUAAACACCCCUGGAGAUAAACUGCAAGUACUGUAGUUGUAUUUUAAGUCAAAGCAAGAUGAUUCUGCAGUGCAGACUUAAAAAUAAAUAAAUUGAAAGGAUACUGCUGUUACACUGAAUCUGUUUCGGUGAAUAGCAAACGAAAUAUAAAAAGGUAAAGGACCCCUGACAGUUAAGUCCAGUCGCAGACGACUCUGGGGUUGAGGUGCUCAUCUCGCUUUAUUGGCCGAGGGAGCCAGCGUUUGUCCGCAGAUAGUUUGUCCGGAUCAUGUGGCCAGCAUGACUAAGCCACUGCUGGGAAAACCAAAGCAGCGCAUGGAAACAGCGCAAGGGAAUGGGCUUGGUGGAUGCUGGCGUGUAGGGCAUAUGAUAGGCAUCUCACCCCCUCAGCCUCCAAUAUAUUUCGCUUCUGUAUGGUAUGCUGCCCAGCUAUGCUGAAGAAAACCUUGUAAGUGAGAGUCUCCAUUUUGCUUUUCCUGCUAAUUGGCUACCCACCUCAGUGUUGGAUGAAUUUAUGAGUCUUGUUCUGGGUGGGAUGAAUGCAAACCUUGGGACACUGCGAUGGAAGGAAAGGGCUGGCAGGUUUCCACGUAGCUCAGGAGUCCAGAGACCUGCAUUUUCCCUAAGCUUCCACCACCAUAGAUAUCAGUUGAGCUAAAGUAGCUAAAUCAGCCAAUUAACACAAGUAAGAGCAGACUGCACAGAUGAAACUCUGCUGCAAGAAUGGACUUGAGUUGUUGGGCUUACAGGUUACACAUUACAAGGGACACAUUCAAGGGCGUCUGUGACCUUGGUGGUUCUGCUAUGGAAAGUGGAUACAGGAAAGGAUCUGUGGAGCUAUUGCUGGGCAGGGGCACUUUCACUUCAGUAUAGCACCAGGGCUGAAUCCUGCCAUGGUGCAGCCGUCAUGUCCUGCAUCUUACGGAAUGACAUAUUACUGCAUAUGGCAAUCUCUUGUUUCCACCAGAUCGUUCUGUUGGCUGUCUGGGGAGAUGGUGGUACAUUUAUUGUGUGAGUUUUGUCUUGAAGAGUUCAAAAUAUGCUGUUUCUUCUUGUGUUCAUUCUGAGAGAGAAGGUACAGUGGCCAUACAAUAGAGUACAGUCAUACCUCGGGUUGAAGUAGCUUCAGGAUAAAUACCGUAUUUUUCGCUCUAUAAGACACACUUUUCCCCUCUUAAAAAAUAAGGGGAAAUGUGUGUGCGUCUUAUGGAGCGAAUGCAGGCUCCAUGGCUUCAGCGAAAGCAAUGCGAAGCCUUCGAUGAAAUGGAAAUGAAAAGGAGAAAUGGAAGGGGUUCCGCUUCUCCUGCUGCUUCGCUGAAGGUGCGCUGCGCAGAGAGGGAGAGAAUUUUUUUCCCCUUGUUCUCCUCUAAAACUAGGUGUGUCUUAUAGAGCGAAAAAUACGGUAUUUUCGGAUUGCGCGCUGCAGCGGCCCGGAAUUAACGGAGCGCGUUACUUCCGGGUUUCGCCACAUGCGCAGACGGGCAAAAUGACAUCAUGCGCAGAAGUGGCGAAUUGCAGCACGCGCAAACGCGGGUUGCAUUCGCUUCUGGGUGCGAACGGGGCUCCGGAACGGAUCCCGUUCACAUCCAGAGGUACCACUGUAUACAUUUUAACUGGUGUCGAAAAUAGUUUCAUGAGUGGUUUACCGUCUCUUUCUGGUGUGUUUGAUACCAUGAAGCAGCAACUACAUUUUUCUGCCCUGAGGGAAUGUUAGAAAGGUAUCCUCAAAAGGGCUGGGUAGCAAAUGAUUAUGUGUCCUGGCACACCUUUAUGGCCUGGCUAUCUGUUGUUGGCACAGAUCUGUCUCAAGACAAUGGAGUGCAUCUCCAGGGGUGAGAAUAACACUGACUGCUGCGGCUGCAGAGACCAGGAAUGUGUAACUAUUGCCUCCAGUGUGGUGUAGUGGUUAAGAGCGGUAGACUCGUAAUCUGGUGAACCGGGUUCGAUUCCCCGCUCCUCCACAUGCAGCUGCUGGGUGACCUUGGGCCAGUCACACUUCUCUGAAGUCUCUCAGCCCCACUCACCUCACAGUGUGUUUGUUGUGGGGGAGAAAGGCAAAGGAGAAUGUUAGCCUUUUUGAGACUCCCUAGGGUAGUGAUAAAGCGGAAUAUCAAACCCAAACUCUUCUUCUAAGUAUUGUCUCCUGCGUUGUUUCUGCUGCGUUAGCAGCAACAAAGUGACCUCUCUGGUGCGCAGACCUGGGCAGUGUGUAUGGAGGUCCUGCGGUGCCCAAAUGAAAGCAGAGUAAUACAUUUGGCACCAGCUUGGCUGCAGGAGUUGCUGGAAGGAGGUGUACAAGGAGCCAUCCAACCAUCUUAGGGACGCCACUGUGGAUUUCUGUACGGUUCACUCCUUGGUUUUUUCUUCUCCCAAAGAUGCAAGGCAGCAAAAGUUUAGGAUCAGAGUUUUCCUUCUUCUAGAUAGGCCACCUUCUCAGGUUGACGAGCCCCAUCGCCUCCUCACUUCCCUCUGCAGCACGUGCAGGAGCCAACCACCUUCUUGAACAUUGGAGCCACUCUUGGUCUCAUCAUCUCAGUCUGUCAGAGGGCUUGUUCCUUUGACUUUUCUUCUCCCAGAGAUGUCCCACAACACUGUCUAACCAGGAAAUGUUGUUGUGUCAGUGUUGCGUGAAGUAGCUCGGUAUCAAAUUUAGUUUUCAGUAUAUUUUGUAUUUUGGGGGUGGGAUGGGAGCUUCAGUCUUGUACACAGUUAGAAAAGGGUUCACAGGCAAGCUUUGAGUGUUCAGGCUUAGUAUGGUUGUCUACUAUAUAUUUUGGAAACAAUUUGGAUGUUGGGAAAGGGGUUAUUAAUUCAGGACAUGACAGAUUUGGGUUCCCUUCUUGAAUCCGUUUAUUCUUGAAUAUAUAAAGGAAACAGUAAGUGAACAGGAUCAAAGCUAAUGACUAAUUUGUUUAGUGCUGUUGAGGCAGAAUUGUCCUCAAAGUGGCAAUCAUGUGAUAUUUAAGUUGAAAUCCAUCUUUUUAAAGAAUGUGGAAAAUAGUGUUUUUGGUAAAAUUGAUGUUUGAAUUCAGGGAAGAGAGGCAGAGAGAGAGAACCUCUAAAAGAAAGAAAAAUACUUCAUUUGAAUGUUUGGAAUACAGGAUAUGUUCAAGUUUUAAUUUUUAAUUUACUUAUUACAGUAAUUUACACCACAGCUUUCCAGAUACAAAUCCUUCCAAGGCAGCUUAUAUUAUCUUUUUAAAAAAAGAAGUAGUAGUACAGUAUUUUAAACAAUGGCAGCAGUAUCUGAAAGACCAUAUUCCCUCAUACAAACCUGCCUCGGUUUUGAGAUCUUUGACGGAGGCCCUUCUCUCAGACCCGCCAGCCUCACGGGCAAGGUUAGUUUGAAUGUGGGAAAGGGCCUUCUUGGUGGCUGCUCCCUCCCUGGAGAAGCUAGACUGGCUCCCUUAUUGUUUUGAAGACCUUGUUCCAGUAGGCUUUGUGGAACUGACUGCAUUUAAUGAAAGGGUUGGUUCUGUUUUUGUUGUGAUUAUAUGGUUUUAAUUGAUGAGCUGUAUAACUGUCUUUCUAUCUAUCUAUCAUCUAUCUAUCAUCUAUCUAUCUAUCUAUCUAUCUAUCUAUCUAUCUAUCUAUCUUCUACCUAUCUAUCAUCUAUCUAUCUAUCUAUCAUCUAUCUAUCUAUCUAUCUAUCUAUCUUCUACCUAUCUAUCAUCUAUCUAUCUAUCUAUCAUCUAUCUAUAAUUUCAACCAAUGUUUAAUUGUUUUUAAUGGUUAUUUUCCUAUGUUUUUAGCUGUUCUUAUUUUUACCUGUAAGCUGGCUUGAGUCCCAGUCAGGGAAAAAGGCAUGGCAGUAGUAGUAAUAAUAAUAAUAAUAAUAAUAAUAAUAAUAAUAAUACGUCAUCGGGCUCCUUCCAGCAGGGGAGUUGAUGGUAGAGCAACCCUGGGGUGGGUUCUGAGGUGGUCUUGCCUGCAUCUGCUCUUCUUCUGGCCUCCUUCUGGGUAACUGGUAACCAAAUAGCUUGCGAUGAGAGGGGAAAUCCAGCUGGAGCUGGUUCUGAGCUGGUCUUCACCUACCUACCUACCAUUUUCUUCUCACCUCAUGAAUUAAGGAAUUACCAUUACUAUUCAUGUCCGUAUUCUUUUCUUACACACACAAUUAGGGGACAGGAUGGAUAUUUAUCUAAGCAAGGCUUUGCUUGAUGAUUAGCCAGACACAGUUGCAACUGUAUUUGAAGAAUACAUUUUUUAAGAUUUGCCUUGAGAGAGUCUUUAAACCUCUUUUGUUGACCACCAGCAUUACGCUUUCCAGUUUUAAGUUCGGAAUAGGGUAGUUGCUUUGGAAGACGAUCAUUAGGCAUCUGCACAACAUUACUAGUCCAACGAAGUUGAUGUUGAAGAAUUAUGGCUUCGACACAGGUGAUCUUUGCUUCUUCCAGUACAAUGGUAUUAGUUUGCCUGUCUUCCCAAGUGAUGUGCAAAAAUUUUCAGUCACCGUUGAUGGAAUCUUUCAAGGAGUUGGAGAUGGCAUUUAUAAGUGGUCCGUGUUUCACAAGCAUACAGUAAGGUUGGUAGUACAAUAGCUUUGUAAACAAGCAUUUCGGUUUCUCUGCAAAUGUCCCAGUCCUCAAACACACUGCAGUUCAAUUGGGAGAAAGCUGCACUCGCAGAGCUCAGACGUUGCUGGAUUUCGGCAUCAAUGCCAUCCCUUGUGGAGAGAUAACUCUCCAGGUAGGAGAAGUGACCGACAUUUCCCAACAUUACACCAUUGAGUUGGAUUUGUGGCACUGCAGAGGGGUUGUUUUGUGCUUGUUGGUGCAGCACUUUCGUUUUUUGGAUAUUGAGCAAUAGGCCAAGCUUUUCUUAAGCUUCUGCAAAAAUAUUUAGGAUGGUUUGGAGGUCAACCUGAGUGAGCACACACUACAUUGUCAUCAGUAUACUGAAGCUCUAUGACAGAAAUUAUGGUAGCCAUACUCUUUACUUUCAGCCUACUCAGAUUCCAUCUGUUCAAUAUAUGAUUUCUACUCCAGUGGAGAUUUUCCCUUCGACAAAGUGUAGGAUCAUGGCAAUGAAAAUAAUAGAGCUGGGGCAAUAACACAACCCUGUUUAACACCUGAACCCAUUGUGAAUGGUUACUGUUAUAUUGUCAUGGAGAAGUCAAAGGAUGUUCACAAAUUUAUCUGGGCAGCCAAUUUUCAGAAGGAUGGCCUACAGGACACUACGAUUUACAGUGUUGAAGAAACUUAGUCAGGUCAAUAAAUGCCAUAUACAGGGGUUGGUUUUGUUCUCUGCAUUUUUCUUAAAGCUGGCGAGUGGUGAACAUCAUGUCCACUGUCCCCCUAGAAGGUCGGAAACCAUUUUGGGAUCCAGGAAGGGUAGUCUUGGAUAUUGUUAGAGGACGGUUUGCUAAGAUCCUUGCAAGAGUUUUGCUGGCCACAUCUAAUAAAGAGAUGCCUCGAUAAUUUCCACAAUCUGUUCUAUCACCUUUUAAAAAAGAGAUUGAUAAUUUUCACACCCCUAAAGUCUGCAGGGAUCUCCUCUCUCUCCCAGAUUUUUUCCAUGAGCUUGUGAAUUUGUUGAGUAAGUUCAGUUCCGUCCACUUUGAAGACUUCAGCAGGUAUCCCAACAGGUCCGCUGGCUUUGUAGUUUUUCAUUUGGUUAAUAGCUGUACACAACUCUCCCAGAUUUUGAGGUACUGCAAGCUCAUCUCUAAUUUGUUUUUGCGGAAUUUGUGAGAGGACCUCAGCAGCUACGUGGGAGUUGCAGUUAAGGAGAUGCUGGUAAUGUUCUUUCCAGCGCAGUGCAAUAGUUUCUUUUUCUUUUAGAAGUGUGGUACUAUUGGUUGAGCAUAGGGGGCAUAUGUCAUGUUUUAUUGGCCCAUAGAAGGUCUUUGUGGCUUUAAAGAAACUCUGCAUCACAAGUGUUUGCUAAGUGCUGGAUCUCUUGAGGGGUUUUUUUAAUCUACCAGGUGUUCUUUAGUUCUCUGGUUCUUCUUUGAACCUCAGCCUUAGCGUUGGCUUAGGUUUUCUUCAUAGUGGUGCAGUUUCUUUCUCUUUGCCAGAUCUGAAAGACCUUCCUUUUCUUGUCAAUAGUGCAUUCAAUCUCACUGUCAUUCUCAUCAAACCUGUCCUGGUGUUUGUUGGUUUGGUAUCCAAUAGUUUGUUCACAGGCUGCAAUAAUGGAUGUUUUUAGCUUGGUCCAGUGUUCCUCGAUGUUUUCAGGGAAUUCUGAAAGCAGAUGGUCCUUAAGAGUCGUUUGGAAGCAGUCCCGCUUAAUAGGAUCUUGAAGGGAUUGAGUGUUCAUUUUGUGCCUUGGUUUCCUUCUGAAGCCUGCAUUGAGGUAUAAUCUUGAUAGCCAUCAUGGAACAUCUUAAUCUGUGAUCUGUCCAGCAGUUGUUGGCACUUGCCAUAGCUCUAGUAGGGAGCACAUCACGGCGAUCUUUAGCACGGACAAUAACAUAGUCUAAGAGGUCCCAGUGGUUCAACUGAGGAUGCCUCCAUGAUGUUCUAAAUUUAUUCUUUUGUUGAAAGAGUAUUUUGGCAAUAACAAGGUUGUUCGCUGCACAUAUAGUCAAAAGUAAGAUUUUGUUCUGGUUGCUGUUGCCAAUUCCUUCUUUCCUUCUUUUCGAAAUCUCACCCAAUUCUUGCAUUAAAAUCACCCAGGAGGAUAAUUUUAUCCUCCUUUGGAAUCUCUGAUAGGAUGGUAUCCAGCUGAGAGUAAAAAAAUUCUUUCAUGUCUCCAUUGGCAUCCAGUGUUGGUGCAAAAGCGCUUCUGGUUUUUGGCAAGUUUUAUUUGAAGGGUUGAAAGUCGCUCAUUAAUGCCUGUAGGGACUUCUGACAGGAGCUUCACAAGAUUGUUUUUGAUAGCAAAGCCUACUCCAUGUAUUCAACGUUCUCUUUCUAGAAGAAUGUGUAGCCUCCUUUUUCUUCCUGCAGUUGUCCCUCUCCUGCUCUUCGAGUUUCUUGAAGUGCUGCAAUAUCAAUGUUAAUAUGUCGCAACUCUCUUGCAUUGAUGGCAGUUCUGCAUUCAGGAUGCUCGUUAUUUGUGUUAUCCAACAAAGUCCGUAUAUUCCAUGUUCCAAAGUUCAGUUGUCUUUUACGACCGCUGAGUGGUGACCCCACUGGGCGCAGUAAUCCAGUCAGGGGGGAAAGGGAGGCAGACUAGUGGAUGGAUGCACUUAGAACCUAUGGUAACCCUAGAACUUAUGGCACUAGGCUUCUUGUUGCUCCAACUCAGCCUCUAGUCAAAUAGUUCCUUCAUAAUCCCCUCAGAUUAAUUACAUAUUUCCAAUUGCCACCAGUUGAUUCUUAACCCAAAAAGUUCACAUCUGCCUAAGCUGCCACAACAAGACUGUUGAAAUACAGGCAUAUUUUUGUGGCACAAGCUUUUGUGGGCAAUACAUUAUUACCUUCAAAAUGUAUGUGUAAGAUUAAAAAUAAUGUUUCAGAAUGAAACAUGAAAAUGGAACACUUUCACUGCCCACACACCAAUUUCUGAAGACAAACUCUUGAUUAUUAUUAUUUUUUAAAAUGAUAUUUAUUAAAGUUUCAAAAGAAGGAUACAUAAAUAAGAAAGAGAAAAAUAGAAAAAAGAAAAAUACAAAAUACAAAAAAAAACAAUUAAAAACAAUUCCAUCUUUUCAUCACUUCUCUUUCAAUUACUUGUUUCCCGGACCUCCUCAUACCUCCCUUUUUUGUAUUCCAGUUCAAUUUAUUAGUUCAGCAAUUCCUUUCCCUCCUUUUUAAUCCUGAUCUUUAAUCUUAAUAUAUUAUAGCAUUAGGUUUUUACGUAUUGAAAAUCCAAUUUUUUCAUAUUCUUUUAUACCAUUACAGCUAGAAACCACUUAACUUCAAUCCAACAUCAUUCUAACAUUCAUUAAUUUUGCAAUAUUUCUGUAAAUAGUCUUUAAAUUUCUUCCAAUCUUCUUCCACCGACUCUUCUCCCUGGUCUCGGAUUCUGCCAGUCAUUUCCGCCAAUUCCAUGUCGUCCAUCAUUUUCAUCUGCCAUUCCUCCAGUGUGGGUAGGUCUUGUGUCUUCCAAUGCUUUGCAAUAAGUAUUCUUGCUGCUGUUGUAGCAUACAUAAAGAAAGUUCUGUCCUUCUUUAACACCGAUUGGCCGACUAUGCCCAGGAGAAAGGCCUCUGGUUUCUUCAAGAAGGUAUAUUUAAAUACCUUUUUAAUUCAUUAUAAAUCAUCUCCCAGAAAACCUUAAUCCUUGGGCACGUCCACCAAAGGUGAAAGAAUGUACCUUCAGUUUCUUUACAUUUCCAACAUUUGUUAUCGGGCAAAUGGUAGAUUUUUGCAAGCUUGACUGGGGUUAUGUACCACCUGUAUAUCAGAAAAUGGAACACUUUCACUGCCCACACACCAAUUUCUGAAGACAAACUCUUGAUUAUUCAAAACCAAAAUAUUUGAGAUUUUAGGAUGCUGAGUUUCAUUUCUCCUUCACAGAGUAAGAACUUCCCUUCAUGUAUAUGAAUCAACCACUUUGGCUUAUUGGAGCAUGAAAGGGUCCUGGUAUCUCUCUAUUAUAUCAGAGAGCACUGUUAGCGGCUUCAUCUGCAGAAGCUAGCUGGUUUCACCCCCAUGGAUUCUGAUAAGUGGAUGCUAAUAUUUGUGAACUGCACUGCCUGAUCUAACGGUCUCUUGUUCUUGUUGUCUGUUUCAGUGACAGCUAUAUUGUGAGAGUCAAAGCUGUGGUUAUGACCCGAGAUGACUCCAGUGGAGGAUGGUUGCCGCAAGAAGGAGGCGGUCUCAGUAGAGUUGGUGUCUGCAAGGUCAUGUGCCCAGAGGGCAGUGGAAGAAGUGGAUUUCUGAUCCACGGAGAAAGGCAAAAAGACAAACUGGUAAUUUAAUCUAAUUCAGUAUUUGCUUCCCCUUCAUUCCCCCGCCUCCACAGCUUUCUUAGCAUUUCACAAGACCAUACAUGACCCAUCAGGCAAAAACCCCUCCUCCUACUUCAAAGGAACACAAUCUAUUUUCUCCCCAAAAUAGCAGCUGCACAUUAAUGUUUUAAAACCUCCAUUUUUAUGUAGUUAACACCUUCUUAUUCAAAGAAGUGAAACUGACAAUUUUCCUCCACCCUGCCAAAAUCCUGUAGCAUCGCAGAUUGUAGUAUAAAGAAUAGAAAAAGCCAGUCACGUUGUACUGAGUAAUUCAAGCUUUUAAAAUGGCAAUGAAUUAUUUAUGCCACCUUCUGCUUGAGGUAUAGGCUGGCGGAGCAAAAAUGCAAGGGUAAUUUAUCUUGCGCAUUGACACUUUGCUCCUUACCAUAGCUGUUUAUAGAACCAAGAGUUCCUGCUUCUUUGCACAAAAUAAAACGGGAAAAGGGGGGGGGGGUGUCACAUUUAAAUCAUGAAGCUGCAAGAACGAAUCAGCUAGCUACCAGACGUAGGUUCCACCUACAGAUUUAGCCCAACCAGGGAUGGCCAGUGGAUGACCUGUGAAGUAGAUCCUUACCAAAUUCUUGUUUUCAGAAGUUGUUGGCCCAACGUCACUUAAACACAUUUUGGCUUUAUGUGAUAAAAGUUGGAUCUGCAUCAAAAUGUUGCAGUGCACGGCAUGCCCUUGUUCUGAAUUUUGGCCAGCCAUGCUCUUUUCCAUGACACUCCAUUCCAUCCUCUUUCCUCACCCAGACACUCAGUGCUCCAUGCCCAGGGAGCAUGCUCAGUCCUUAUUUUGUCCUUCUCUGUCUAGGGUUUUUUGGUCAUUCUGCAGAAAUUUGGGGUGAUAAAAACCUCCCUCCCCUCUUGUGCAUAGAUGGUGGUGUUCUGGCUACUUCUGGAGAAGUGGUUCACUAUUAGUAUGUAUAUAUCAUUAUCUGGCCACAUCUAAGAAUGUGCCCUAUAAUCACAGACCUCUUGCUGCUAUCUUAUUUAUACAUCCUGACUUCAUAGAAGGGGUUUGGGCUGUGAAAUAUGAUAAAUACACCUACCCUGGGCCACUGUUUGAUAAAAGGCUGGCUACUGAGAACACAACAGCAGCAAUCCCUGCAUAGGCACAUCAAAUGUAAAACAAUAAAAUGUCCCAUAGGCAGAAACUUAACAGGGUGCACCCAUAGUACCAACACGCUUGCAGAACACAAUUUUUUGUAAUCUCUAAGAAGCUUGGAGCCCCCGUACAUGGGGUCGCUGCCAUUUAAUCCUCAUAGCAACUCUGUGCCAAGUGGAGAUUUGAACCAAAGUCUCCCCAUCCGACUUGCAAUUCAGUAUCCACUGCACCACAUUUUCUCUUUCAAUAUUUGCAGUUGAAUCAAAGAAAUGAGGCAAGCCGCUCACUACAGAAGAAGGCAGAAUAAGUGGCCGGGUGUGACAAGUUAGUUUGCCAUGGGGCAGUUAGAGUGUGUGCGCGUUAUCUGCAUAUAUUUGAUUUUAUUAUGCACAAAAUUUGCAUAUCCUUAUUAACGGUACUAGAACUGUACUUUAUUGUUACAUUUGUCUACUAGAGUAACUUCUUGGUUUUUAUGCUAAGCAAGACAAAGGUGCACAUUUUGCAGAGGGAGUUGGGUAGCUCUGGUUAAGUUUUGGAAUCUGUUUGCAAUAUUAAAAUACUGUACUACAUCAAUGGUUUGCAAUGGUAGUGUAUAAUAUCAGGGGCAAAACUAGGCUUAAUUUAACCCAGGUCCAAGACCCAGGUUGGUACCCUCCCCAUGCACAUUUUCAUACACAACACGGGUGGCGCUGUGGUCUAAAGCACUGAGCCUAGGGCUUGCCGAUCGGAAAGUCGGCAGUUCGAAACCCCGCGACGGGGUGAGCUCCCGUUGCUCGGUCCCAGCUCCUGCCAACCUAGCAGUUCGAAAGCACGUCAAAGUGCAAGUAGAUAAAUAGGUACCGCUCUGGCGGGAGGGUAAACGGCAUUUCCAUGCGCUGCUCUGGUUCGCCAGAAGCAGCUUAGUCAUGCUGGCCACAUGACCCAGGAGCUGUACGCCGGCUCCCUCAGCCAAUAAAGCGAGAUGAGCAACCCCAGAGUCGUCUGCGACUGGACCUAAUGGUCAGUGGCCCUUACCUUUACCUUUUACACACUGGGAGCCUCAAUGGUGCCCCUCUGGAGGCUUCACCUGGGACAAAACACCUGGCUAGCCCCCACCCCCUACGCCAGCUAUGGCUCUGUACAGUGGUACCUCUGGAAUGGGAUCCGUUCCAGAGCCCUGUUCGCAUCCUGAAGCGAACGUGACCAGCAUCUGUGGGUUGCGAUUCGCUGCUUCCGCACAUGCGUGGGACGUCACUUGAGCGUCUGCGCAUGCGCUAGCGGCAAAACCCGGAAGUAACGCACUCCGUUACUUCCGGGUCGCCGCGGAGCGCAACCCGAAAAUGCUUAACCUGAAGCUACUUCAACCCGAGGUAUGACUGUAUAAUGUAAUGGUGUUCCUUUGUCAUUCCAGCGGGAACUGUUUGAAACAUUUUGGUUUCACUUGCAAAGCUAUUUUUGCUGACCUAUUCUGUGAAGAGAGCUAGCUUCUCUCACCAAAGCAAUUGCAUAGAGACUAGACAUGUUUUGACGAUGCGAGAGGCAGUAAUGAACCAAACUAACAAACCCACGGCCUUCACUUGUUAACAUCCUUUUACCUCUUUGCAUUUUGAACCCCAGGUGGUAUUGGAAUGCUAUGUGAAGAAGGACUUGGUCUACACUAAAGCAAACCCUACAUUUCAUCACUGGAAAGUCGACAACAGAAAGUUUGGGCUCACUUUUCUAAGCCCUGCUGAUGCACGAGCAUUUGAUAGAGGUGUGAGAAAAGCCAUUGAAGAUCUCAUGGAAGGUACAAAACCAGCACCCAGGGACUCUGUUUUUUGUUUCUAAGUCGCUUUGUUGUUGUUGUUAUAACUUGAAGGCUGAAUUUCGCACAUUUUUCACUGAAAUGAGCUACUCAUUAAAUCAAAGUCUUAGUCUUUUUUGUCAGCUUUCAAUUUCUUAGGGAGGAUGUGAUUCAAGUUAUUCAGCUUUCAAUCUCUGUAAGAUCUAGGAAUUUAUAUAGUUGAAGCUAAUCCACAAAUGAAUACAAUAUUAAUUGACUCACAAAGUCUCAUAUUGAGUGAAGUUUCAAAUGAUUCUAGCACAUGACUUCUUAAGCAGCUUUCUGUGACUUCAGCCUUAAUCGUUGUUUGUCUUGAAUGAAUUGUUUGGGAUUUUAUGCUACCAGAUUAAGCAAUUUAAAAAACUAAACUUAAAUUUGUUGAAGCAGUUUUUUCUUAGUUACUUCUCUAACCCGUAUAGAAUAACUAUCCCUUAUUUUGACACAGUUUUCUUUACCAUUUUCAAAUACGUGUUUUGGAUCUUGCCAAGAAUAUUCAGAUAAAAUUAAUUGCUUCUGUAAAAACAAGCAGGGAAAAAAACAUUGGCCACAUUCCAGGAGAACAUAUACGUCCGUUCUAAGCAUGCAGCUGGGCUCUUUGUUUAGUUUUUUCCCUUUUCUUCUUUUUUCUGGAGCAUACCUUUCACCAGUUGGCUUUUGAAACAUGGGCAAGUUUUUAUAUAUAAGUUAUAAGACACAUCUGUGCCAAAAACGAAGCAAAUUCCCUAGUUGUACAUGUGCACAGCUUUGCACCAGGGUCAAUAGGCUUGUUGUGGAUUGUGAUAAUUACAUACAGAAACAGUGUCCGUUUUAAAAUGUCUUUCCAGGAUCUACAACUUCAUCCUCAACAAUCCACAAUGAGACUGAAGUUGGAGAUGAUGAUGUCUUUACAGUAAGUAUCUCUCAAUAGGAAUUGCUCUUUAUGCCCUCUGAAUGGCUUUGCGGCUCUCCACUAAAGGCUGUCGUGUAUCUGUCUGGUUGCUAUCGGUACAAUGAAAGAUAUUCUCAGAGUCCAAAGACGCGUGAAUAUGUAUUUCUUUGUUCUAUUAUUUCAGCACCUCUUUUCCCACCCUUCUGUGAAAAAUCAUACUCAGGACUACGUUACCAAAAAAAAUAAUAAUUAAAUAUCAAUGAGCAAGUUAAAAUACAAUACUAACUAUAAACACACAGCGUCAUUAGUAUAGACCUGCACAAGUUCUGAUAGAAACAAUAAUCCUGAUCCAAAGGUUUUUUAAGAAUGGGCAGAAGUGGGGCAGGAUAAAUUAUUCCUGGAAGGUCCCCCUCUCUUGACCUCACAAGCCAUGCGUUUUGUUGGUGAAUAGGCAAUAAGGAAGGCCUCAGAAACAGAGCACAGGUCUUAAGCAAGUUUAUACUGGAAGAGGUGAUUCUUGAGGGACCCUGGUCCCAGGGUCAUUCGUCCCAAGGCCAAAGCCAGCACCUUGAAAUGAGCCCAGGACAAAUACCAUAUUUUUCGCUCUAUAAGACGCACCAGACCACAAGACGCACCUAGUUUUUGGAGGAGGAAAACAAGAAAAAAAAUAUUCUGAAUCUCAGAAGCCAGAACAGCAAGAGGGAUCGCUGCGCAGUGAAAGCAGCAAUCCCUCUUGCUGUUCUGGCUUCUGUGAUAGCUGCGCAGCCUGCAUUCGCUCCAUAAGACGCACACACACUUCCCCUUACUUUUUAGGAGGGAAAAAGUGAGUCUUAUAGAGCAAAAAAUACGAUAGGUAGCCAAUGAAGCCGAAACAAAAUUGGCACAAUGCGAUGUCCGGCUGCAGCAUUCUGAACCAACUGAAGCUUGGGGACUGUCUUCAAGGACAAACCCAUACAUACAGUUUAUUACAAUAACCCAGCCUGGAAGUGACAAGGGCAUAAAAGAUUAAGGAUCACUCCCUAAGCCUGAAACUGCAACAACAAAACAUUACUGUACUUCCCUCUUCCUCAGUUUUCCCAGUGGUAGUUUUUAGAUUGUAAGGGCCUUGUACAGUGGAACCUCUGGUUGCGAAUGGGAUCCAUUCUGGAGGCCCGUUCGCAACCUGAAAAGAACGCAACCCACGCCUGCGCACACGAGGGUCGUGAUUCGCCACUUUUGCACAUGCGCGUGAGUGGCAAAACCCGGAAGUAACCCUUUCCUGUACUUCCGGGUCGCUGCGGAACGCGACCUGAAAACGCGCAACCUGAAGCAAACAUAACAUGAGGUAUGACUGUACUCUGUAAAAUACUGUGCAUGUUGAAAAUAAUGAUAAUGCCGCCCCUGUUUUUGUUUCUUGCUAAGUAACUGAAACAGGGACUUGCUGUUCAGUUCUUUGCAUUCUAGAGGGCUAACAAUAACUACGCCACCUCCAGGCAGCCACAGUUUAGGGAUCCAAUCCAGGGGCCUGUCAGGUGAGCCAACAAACUUUGGAUCCAGCAGAGCCACCUCUGCAAUACCCUGUUUCAGACCUCCUUGCUGGCUGAAGCAGAGUUGUCACAACAGAACAGAUGUGUGCACUGGGGAGGCAGAGUCUCAGUCCGGUCCGUAAGGAAAAAAACCUCUUGUGUGACCCAGUUUUAAGUCUGUUCUUAAUGAGCAAUGUAAAAUCUGGUUGCCAUCAUGUAAGCAGAGGAGGGGACUGCUGGAAGUAUCUGCAGAUUUUUAAAGUAAGGAGAUGAAAGUUGAAAGAACAGACUUCUUUGACAUUUCUGUUUCAGUGGAAAACCAUGACUGCCUCUCUAAUGUAUUGCUGAACUUUUCUUUUCUUUUUGCAUGAGAAGAAAAUAGUGGAGAUAGUUGCGGGGGGGGGGGGGGACAUGGGGACCGGGACCCAUGCAGUCAAAUCUUUUUGAUUAUAGAGGACGAACAUCCUCAGCCUGAAAGGCUUGAUAAUGUUGAGGGCCUGAAAUGGGCUUCCUGUAGCGUGUGACCAGAUCCUCCGUGACAGUUGGCAUGUUGUUUUCCUCUGUUCUUUUGUCAUAGUUAUAAGACAAACAACAGCAGGCAGGGUUAAAAGGUGACUUCCUCUCCUCCAGAGCAAAACUAUCAUUAGCAGCUGCUUCCCAGCUACCUGCCAGAAGUGAUUUAUAGAUUCUGUGAUGGAGAGGGAAGAAUGGAAGGUGGGGGGGGGGGCGGCGGUUUGCUGUAGGAGAGCUGGAAUGGCAUACUAUUUAAUAGCAAAUUAUUCAGCAAAGAUACCUUCGUACAUCUGCAUCAGGUCUGUACUGCUUAAAAACAUCAGCUGUGUAUAUCUUUGCCCCCCCCUAAAACGCAAAUUGCAGUCUGUGCAGAGAUGGUGCUCUGUCCCUGAAUCAGCCCAAGAACAAAGACCUCAAUAUCUCCAGAAAGGGCAACAAGCUUUUUGUUUAUUUGGAAGAUGGUAAAGUCAAUGCACAUAUAUGAGCCCUAUUGAUUUCCAGUGAAUGUUUACUAUGCACUUAACUCUCUCCCUUCUCCUCACCCCUUUUCAAUGAAAUCAAAGGGAGCUAAAAGGUCUUUACUGUGGCUGAAUUAUGCACUUUGUGUUUUCCAAAGAUGAAGUUUCCCUUUAGGAGGCAUCUCUGCGAUAUAAUGUAAUGUUACCUUAACUCCAGAGCCUCAUUACAAUCCACAAAUGUUUUCCAUAUGUUUGAAAAUAAAUUUCUCCAGCCUCCGUGCAUUGUACGCUUGCUCCUCUCUAGAGGUGACCUGAGUAAAGCCAGUUGUUCAUUUUUGCCUUGACUGAGAAUGCAUCUUGCUUGCCAGCAAUCUGAAAUUGCACUUUGCUUCCAGUUAAUUAAUCCACUUUCUGCACUCAGAUUGUUUUCCCCUUUGGAUAAAUGUUCAUCUUUUGGGAAGUACCACUGAAUCAUGAUGUAAUGUGCUCUCUCUAUUGCAUAGCCACUCAUUCUGUGCAGCAGCGAAGGGAAGUGACAGGAGGCUGCAACUACCAUAUUUGCUUUGUCUCCUUAUUGCAGCAGGACAAUAAAUAGCAAAACUUGUCGAAACCCUCCCAAGAUGACCGUCCCGAAAUCAAUCUCAGGGAGCUAAGAAAAGCUGACGGUGCAGAUUAUCAUUGCUGUCCUUGAAAGCAUAGAUGCAGAUUCUGGAAGAUGGGGGUCUUUGUAAACCUCCUAUGUAGCCUUUUGAAGGGAUGCAAAUACCGUAUUUUUCGCUCCAUAAGACACACUUUAUCCCUCCUAAAAAGUAAGGGGAAAUGUGUGUGCGUCUUAUGGAACGAAUGCAGGCGGGAAAAGCCCCUAAGAGCCGCACACAUGCUCCACGUGGCUCUUGCGGACUUUUCCCCGAGGAGGGAGAAGGGCAGCCCCUCACUGAUGGGCUGUCCUUCCCCCACCUCGUAGAAAAGCCCGCAGGAGCUGCGCGCCCUUUAAAGAGCGCACGGCUCUUGCGGGCUUUUCCCCGAGGAGGGAGAAAGGACUGACAUGGCCAGUCAGUCCCUUCUCCCUCCUUGGGGAAAAGCCCCCAAGAGCUGCACACCCUUUAAAGAGCAUGCGGGCUUUUGCGGGAGGUGGGGGAAGGGACAGGGGGCAGCCCCUCAGUCCCUUCCCCCACCUCCCAGAAAAGCCCCCAAGAGCCGCACUCCCUUUCACGAGCUGCAUGGAGCAUGUGUGCGGCUCUUGGGGGCUUUUCCCCCAAGGAGGGAGAAGGGCAGCCCGUCACUGAUGGGCUGUCCUUCCCCCAUCUCGUAGAAAAGCCUGCAAGAGCUGCACGCCCUUUCAAGAGCACGUGGCUCUUGCUGACUUUUAAUACGGUAGUUUUGUGGUGGCAGGGAAUUAGGGCCCAACAUCUUUUGGGGACCCAAGGUUCAGGAAGGCUGUGUGAAUGGAUUCUUUAAAAAAAUAAAAAUCCACUGAGAAAUUGAGUGUUUCACAGCUCUGCAUCUUUCUGAAUAGUGAUUUCUCCAGCCCUGUGAUAAAGGCCUGGACUUGUGCAGUAACCAUAAUUAAUGUUGAUCAUAGCUUAUUAUAUACUGUGGUUUAAGCCAGAGCAUCUCACAGGCACUCACUCAGACCAUGUCACAGCAUAGUUUCUCCCCCCCCCCCAUUUAUUUUGAGUUUUGAGCUGUGGUUCUCUUGUGGUUCUGCAUCUUGUGAGCUGCGACUAGAGGUUCUGGUUUUGCAUUUAAUGCUUAAUGCUAAGGUUAACUUUGACCAAGAAUUACCGUACUUUUCCAUGUAUAAGACUUACGUUUUUUCUAAAAAAAUCAUGCCAAAAAGUGGGGGUCGUCUUAUACAUGGGUAGUGCACAGGGUGGACGUUUGAUUGGUUGCUGCCGCAGCUGUCAGCAGCUGUUGUGCGUGUUAUUGGUUGCUGCGUCAAUGGGUGGUGUUGAUUGGCUGAUGCUCCUGCAAUUGGGCAGGCGACAGGCAGCUUCUGCUGGGAUGGGACAGACGGAAGGCGGAUUUUGGGACAGGUGCAGGUGAGCGAUUUUUGGCAAUCCCCCCUAAAUAAAGUUCAACAAUCCUGGGCAAUCCCCCAUUUUCUUAACUUUGAGUCCGCAAAAAUAGGGGGAAUCUUAUACAUGGGGGCGUCUUAUAGACGGAAAAGUACCACAGCAAACCUUGGUGAAUAAGUGUUGGGUUCAAAUAAGAAAGUUUAACUUAGGUAACCUAAGCCUAUGGCUUAGCAUUCUGUGUGGACCAGGUCAGUGGAGCUAGCAUCUCUGUGCGGACCUGUGCUCUGUCCACACUUGUCUUUGGCAGGCUAUUCCCAGCCUGGUUUGCUUAUGCUAGCUGUUGACUUCCUUCUAGAGCAGACAAAUGUUCAUCCUGUUUCUCACGGUGAUCAACGACAUGCUUUUGGGAAGUCCACACCCAGAGCGUGUUGGAAGACAAUCACCUCCCCGUCCGGCCACCAUUCCUCUUCAGCCAGUGAUACUCCGUGGCAUGUUGCCUUUGAACGUGAUGGGUCUGUGUGGGCAUCAUGACCAGUGCUGCUGCUGUGCUUUGAUGAAUUUGACUAUUGUCCUUUUAAAGCAUUUAAAACUAGUGGCCACCGCUGCAUUUGGUGCUGCAAAUUUUAUACUUUUCACACAAUGUAAAGUAUUUCCCUCCCUAUGAUUUCUGAUAGGUGUGCCCCUGUGCACAAUCUGUGAAGAAGAAGAAGAAGAGUUUGGAUUUGAUAUCCCGCUUUAUCACUACCCUAAGGAGUCUCAAAGCGGCUCACAUUCUCCUUUCCCUUCCUCCCCCACAACAAACACUCUGUGAGGUGAGUGGGGCUGAGAGACUUCAGAGAAGUGUGACUGGCCCAAGAUCACCCAGCAGCUGCAUGUGGAGGAGCGGAGACGCGAACCCGGUAUCCCAGAUUGCAAGACUACCGCUCUUAACCACUACACCGCACUGGCUCUGAGUUGUGUUCCCCAACACACACACACACACACACACAGAGAGAGAGAGAGAGUGCUUUUGUGCCAAAAUGAGAAUAAUACAAAUGAUGAACAAUUACUGACACUCAAAGGGGGAGACCUUGCAAUAACUGGAACGGACUGCCCCUGCUGGCACCAAGGAAAUGGGCAAAGACAAAGCAGGCAGAGCUCAUCCUGGGCCAAGCAUAGGCAUGGAGAGUAGCAACUGAUGGUCACUUUGCCGCCUGUCAUCUUAUGUGCAUAUUUGACUUACUCAGUCACCCCAAUAGGGGUUCAGUUAACCCCUAAAGCCACACUAUUAAGAAUAUCACCACUUCAGUGAAGGAGAGGGCCUCUGAAACACAACAUGGCAAUUCACACCUCAUGGUAGUUGAUGACUGCUUAGAACAUGGGAGUUGUGAAGCCUGAAGCAAAAGGUUUUUAUGGCAUAUGCUUGACCCCACCUGUUGACAACUGUCUUAGCUGUGCUAUAAGUGACUUUCCAUAUACAUAAUGCAGUAUAUAUAGCACAUGGGAAAGAUUUAUCUGGACCUUUAGAUCCUGCUAACCAACUCAAGCAUCCUUUUCUCUUCGUAGUCAGCAUAAAAAACAUGAAAUGAAGAAACCAGAUCUCUUUCUGCUGCCUCUUUCAUGAAACCUUUGGCCUACUUUGGUCUCCCAGAUGAGUGUCAAGUAUGUUUCAGCCACACUAUUAAAAUACGCACACAAGAGGGAGAGCAGUGCUUACAUAUCCCCUACCCCCACCCGCUCUCCCUUUUUCUCCCAAACAACAUCUCAGCUGAGUUUGUAAAACAAAUUUUCGUUUGUUUUGCCAGAAUGUAGAUUAGGGAGUACAGGGGAACCCUGAAAAUUAUGAAAAUUGACAAUCUGAAUGAGAAACAAGACCCUCUAAUAAUGAUGAUGUCUUCACACCAUCUGGUGGAAAAGAGGAUUAAAAAAUGGUUUCUGCAGAUGGUUGUUUGUUUCUUUCCAAUCUGCUUGAGAUAGGAUGGUUAGGCCAGGCUUCCUCAACCUCAGCCCUCCAGAUGUUCCAGGGGUGCCUUAGAACCUUAUCAGGGUUUCCCUAAAAAGAGAAAAUUUCAGAGCCAUCGUUGCUGAAUGCAGUGAUUAGAAAGUUGUUUGGGCUGAUCUGUCCUUCGACGUCCCUCGAGAACGUGUUUAGGUUUCUUUUUUGGUGGAAUUUGGAAAUAGUGAGUAAGGUAAAGGUAAAGGACCCCAGUCAAAGGCGACUCUGGGGUGCGGUGCUCAUCUCGCUUCAGGCCGAGGGAGCUGGCAUUUGUCCACAGACAGCUUUCUGGGUCAUGUGGCCAGUAGGAUUAAACCGCUGCUGGCACAACGGAACACAACGAUGAGUGCUAGAGCGCACGGAAAUGCUCUUUACCUUCCUGCCGGAGCGGUACCUAUUUAUCUACUUGCACUGGUAUGCUUUCGAAUUGCUAGCUUGGCAGGAGCAGGGACCUAGCAACGGGAGCUCACCCACCUCCUAACUUGUUCUGUUGAUGAGCCAGACUGCUGCUGCUGUUUUUUUCCCCCUGCCCUGGAGGUCUUGUGCCUUGCACAGUUCUGGCUUCCUUGCUCUUUCUUGUGCCCUUCACCCUUGUCUUCUUGUAGAAGAUCCAUUCCCUGUAGGUGCAACAAGUGCUCAGGAGCCAGGGACCACAGUCAUGUUCCCAGAACUCCCUUGCACCUGUCUCUGCUGCAGCAGAGGCUGUGUCAGGGAGUCCCAAGGUGUUUGUUCUCUCUCUCUCUCUCUCUCUCUCUCUCUCUCUCUCUCUCUCUCUCCUUGUCAAGGGGCAGAAAUUCCAAUGCUGCACAAGACCCACCUGUUCCAAAGCUCAUAGGAGUGUUGGACGCACCCAGUGUGUUGCCUUAAUUGAUAUUUAUUUAGUCCUGAUUUUGCUCUGCCUUGAUAGCUUUACUUAAGGGCAGUUUAAAAAUCUCUUCAAAAUAAAAUAUAUAGGGAGGAAUUCAACGCCUCGCUAAGCUGAUUAUUCCAUCAAGGCCAGCGUUUCGACUUGCCAAAUCCCUCCCUCCUCCCCUAUGCAUUAUUAAAAGGUAAAGGGACCCCUGACCAUUAUGUCCAGUUGUGAACGACUCGGGUUGCAGCGCUCAUCUCGCUUUAUUGGCCGAGGGAGCCAGUGUACAACUUCUGGGUCAUGUGGCCAGCAUGACUAAGCCGCUUCUGGCGAACCAGAGCAGCGCACGGAAACACCAUUUACCUUCCCGCCGGAGCGGUCCCUAUUUACCUACUUGCCCUUGACGUGCUUUAGAACUGCUAGGUUGGCAGGAGCAGGGACCGAGCAACGGGGGGAUUCGAACCGCCGACCUUCUGAUCGGCAAGUCCUAGGCUCUGUGGUUUAGCCCACAGCGCCACCCGCAUCCCAAUAUGCAUUAUUGCAGAGGUUUUAAAACCCAGCCACCACACCAAGCCAGUUUUGAGGUCUUCCAGGAAGAGAAGGGGAGAAGGCCCCAUUGCACUAGUAGAAGCCCUUGCAUAGGGCUUCAGCUGACAGGAUUCAUUAGUUGAAUCCUGCCCAUAGUAAUUUAACCCCAUUAUGUAACUUAAGCUUUUUGUUAUAUAUUGUCCUGGUCUAUAUAGCAAUGUAACUUUUAGUGUAAAUAUGCAAUAAACAAUUUCUAGCUGCAGCUUCCGUUGAACCCAUAACAACAUAAUCCUUGGAAAGGAUUUUGACACUUCCAAUAGGUCUAUAUAUUCCAAUAGAUGUAUAUUAUAUAUCUAUAUAUAAGCCAGUGUGGUGUAGUGGUUAAGAGCAGUAGACUCGUAAUCUGGUGAACCGGGUUCGAUUCCCCGCUCCUCCACAUGCAGCUGCUGGGUGACCUUGGGCCAGUCACACUUCUCUGAAGUCUCUCAGCCCCACUCACCUCACAGAGUGUUUGUUGUGGGGGAGGAAGGGAAAGGAGAAUGUUGGCCGCUUUGAGACUCCUUCGGGUAGUGAUAAAGCGGGAUAUCAAAUCCAAAUUCUGCUGCUAUAUGGUUGCAGUUGUCCAUCACAAUAUGUCACCCAUAAAAGUUUGAUCCAGGAUAUUCCUGAGAGCUGGAUUCUUAUUAGAGGUAAAAAUAAAAAUAAACUCUGCACAGUGUAUUGUGCUUUUAUGUGCCAUUCUUACCCGUUUGACUCACACAGGAUUUUGACUGGGAUGGUGAGUGCAGUGGGGAGAAGAGGUCUUAAUUCAACAGCAUGCUUUUUGAAAACGAAAAUGUGCAUCUUGUUGGAUUCCCAGAGUGACAAACAGAGUCCCGAGAAAUGUUUGUGUGUUCCUGCCUUCUGCCCCAAAGGUGAUGCACUGGGCAGGCCACGCUUGGCAUGUAAACAUGGUUGGAGAAAGUCGGCCCUGGCAGCCUGACAACAAGAUGAUUGACAACUUCCUGUUAACAAAGUGAAAAGGAUUAGAGAAUUGCCUUGCAGCCUAUAAUGCAAGACAUUGGCAAGGCUCCUAUGAAUAUUCAGAGGGAAGGGAUAGUUGCAGCUGGCCUCUUAGUUUGUUCCUGACUUCCCUAUCUCUUUGGUAACCAGGCUGGGAGAGGAGGAAAGGCAGUUCCAACCAAGGGCUGACUUGGACCCAGGUAUCUUCAUGGAGGCAGAAGGGCAGGGGAACUGCUAUAAGACCACAGGGCAGAUAAAUGCCAAAUUUCUGUUCUACAGCUUCCAGAAGACCUAUUCAGAUUUGAUACUGAGCUCUGAUCUAUUCUGAUUUUUAGGAAAUAUGCAUGGAGAUUUAAAAGUGUGCACAGUUUUCUUAAUGUGUUUCUUUACUGAAGUUCUGUUCCGUCUAAUUGCAUUUGAAACAAAAAGGCGGUCAGCCAGAGCCAAGCAGUGGGGGAAAUGCAACAGUUGUAAAAUAGAGGAAGGAGGGAAGGAGAAAAAUCAGCCUCUCCUGAUUAGUGGGUUGAAUCUAACUAAGGUAUAGUCAGAGUGGACCCAUUGAAAUUAAUGGUCCUUAGUUAAUAGUCACGCCCAUUAAUUUAGAGGAUUCUUCUCUGAGUAGGUCCAUUCUUCAUAUCCUAGGUGCUUCCCAGGCAUAGGCUGCUUAAAGUGGCAGGCUUAACUGUUUCAUUGGCAUAUAUAGAGUUAUUAUCUUUCCACUGUUAGCUUGCUUGACGGUUAGCAGUGCCAGAAGAGGUUGUUCUUGAUGAUGCAGAAUAUGAUGAAUCAAGGCAGCAGGCCUGUGGACAAGUAAUUCUUAACUGGUUGGGAUCAUGAAGUCGUAGUUUUGACUUCUUAAAUAUAGUUAUGGACAUUUAGUUGCCAGAACUAUAAAAGACCAGAACUUUAAACAGCAGCAACAACAACAACAACACAUAGUUUUAUAAACUGUUGGAGCAAAUUGCAAAUUGGUCAUAAAAUUCAAAAUAGGGGGUUAAAGGCUUUGAAGCAAGAUAGGGAGCAGCCAUGCAGAAAGAGGAAAGAAAAUACCAUAUUUUUCAUCCCAUAGGACGCACCGUCCCAUAGGACACACCUAGUUUUUUGGGGGGGGAAAUAAAGGGAAAUUUUUCCCCCCUUUAUUUCCCCCCCCAAACCAGGUCGGGGAAACCGAACCAGGUCGAGGAACAGCGGGAUGGCGGCGCUGCGCCUCCUUGCUGUCCCCCGAGCUUGUGGGGCUGUCCAAUGUCUGUCCGGCGGGCGAUGCGCUCUGCUUCAGUGCACCUCUCGCGCCGGGUGGCAGGCUGCUAUCCGCAGCGUAGGGAGCCCUGCGGGAACUCCCGCAGGGCUGCCUAGGCUGCGGAUGUGUUCCCGAAGCACCGGGCGCUGUGCUUUCAGUGCGCCCGGCACUCCGGGAAGCAAGCUGCUAUCCGCAGCCUAGACAGCCCUGCGGGAACUCCCGCAGGGCUGCCUAGGCUGCGGAUGUGUUCCUGAAGCCUGGAGAGCGAGAGGGGUUGGUGCGCACUGACCCCUCUCGCUCUCCAAGCUUCAGCGAAAGCUUGCAUUCGCCCCAUAGGACGCACACACACGCACCCAGAUUUCCCCUUCAUUUUUGGAGGGGGAAAAGUGCGUCCUAUAGGGCGAAAAAUACGGUACUUUCCAGGGACAGAUGUCCAUCCCUCCAGAUUUAUAUGCGAGAAUGAAUAAGAUGACAGGUGAGAUAUUCUAUUUUUCUAAAAUAGAAGUAUUUGAGUGCAAAUUUUGUGACAAAUAUUUCAUGCAGAUCUACAUGCUUUACAUUCAUACUUUGCUAUUUACAGCUUUUAAAAAUUCCUCCCGACUUCAGCUGCGCAUUCAUGAGCUUGUGCUUAAGAGUUGAAAGGAAGGUUACUGAAGGCAGAGACUUCUCAGAGCAGACAGAAACGAUAUUUUAAGAAGUCAGAUGGGGUCACUUAUUUGCAGUUAUGAUCAUCUACUCUUAACUUUAAUUGGAAUCUGCCACUGAAAUAGAACCCAACAGCUGAUGCAACUAAAACUAAAACAAAAUAUUCCUCCAAGAUACGCCUUUGCUUUACGUAAAGUGUCAUAACAUUUAUUGAUCUCCAGUUUCUCCUUUUUCAGAAGAAAGGAAGGAAGAUAACAGCCAGCGAAUUUAUUUAUAAAAUAAUUUUAGACUAUUCCAUAGAUACUGGGCUCCUUGUAGCCAGUCAGCGGGGGGGCAAGGGGAUGCAAUAGGUGUUCCAUUUCUCUGCUCUGGUGUAGGCAAAGAUGCUAAUCUACCUGAAGGGAACCUAUGUGGAGAUAUUAAAAAAAUCACUUGCACAUAAGCUGCAGCAGACAAUAAACUGAUGUUGAUCGGUUAGCUCAGUUUUGUCAGUGUGGCAUCUUCAUGUCUUGUCACAUAGCUAUAUGAGGAUGCAGCUGUAUUUUUCCCAGCCAGUCCUGAGAGCUGAGGUUGAGUAUGACUACCCAAGGAGUACAAAAUAAGUACAGAGAAUCAAAUCAGGGUGUGUAUUUUUAAUGCUAUUCCACUUUUAAGAAGCACACAAGUGUUGGGAGGACCCCAGUUUACAUGUAUUUUAGAUUAAAACGUGGUUAAAAAUAUGCCCUUGUCCCACUCUUUUUGUGCGCUGUGUGUGUGUGUGUGUGUGUUGGACUAGGCAGUUUCGGGGGGGCGGGGAGAGUAGCUAUGUUAGUCUCUGCUGCAUCGCAUGCAUCUGAUGAUGUGGACUCCAGCCCAUGAAAGCUUAUGACACAAUAACUUCCGAAGUCUUUCAAGUGCCGCAAAACACGUUAUUUUUAUUGUAAAGCAAAGUGGUGUCCAACAAAGGAGGCAAAACCCAAGGAACUGCCCGACUUCAUUUCUGUGAGCAGAUUACCGUAUUUUUUGCACCAUAACACUCACUUUUUCCUCCUAGAAAGUAAGGGGAAAUGUCUGUGCGUGUUAUGGAGGGGAUGCCUACGGGUGGCGGGGGGGAUCUGCUGCAGUCGUGAGCAGAGGAUCCAUGGUUCCCCUUCCUUCCCUCCUCCGUGGCUCGCUUUGAAACAGCAAGGCAGGAGAAGAGCCGCUGAGUGGGGAGGAGAGAGGGACAGAGAGCCUGCUUCUUUAAAAGAGCAAAGCGGGAGAGGAGAGGAGCCGCUUAUACAAGUGUAAGCGGCUCCUGUCCGGUUGGUUCCUUUAAAGCAAGCAGGCUCUCUGUCCCUCUCUCCUCCCCACUCAGCUCACUAAAUAGCAGCAAAGUUUUUCAGCUCGCUAAGCCUGGGAUGAGUGGGGAGGAGGGAGAAAAGCAGAGCCUGCUUGCUUUAAAGGAGCAAAGCAGGAGAGGAGAGGAGCCUUCUCCCCUUAUACCCCUCUUCUGCAUUAUUAGCAGCAUCCUUCUCCACACACCCCACGCGUGCUCCUUGUCCCUUGAGUGCUUUUCCUUCCCUCCCCACUUAAAACGUGGUUACAAAGCACAGAUCCACAUGGAUCCUCAGGAUUUUUGCACUGGGUCACCCCAAAUUCACCAUCAGAUCACAUAGCAUGUCCAUGGCUACAUCUUGCACCAAAAAAAUCACGCACCCACUGUUGCCUGGGGCCGCAGUGGUGCAAAAACGUGGUUACAAAGCAUGAAUCCACAUGGAUCCUCAGGAUUUUUGCAUUGGGCUACUCCAAACUCACUGUUUAGAUCACGUGUCUGUGGCCACAGCAUGAACCACAAAAAUCAUACAUCCACUGUUUCAUUUAGAAUAUUUUUUUUCUUGUUUUCCUCUAAAAACUGCGUGCGUGUUAUGGUCGGGUGCGUGUUAUAGAGUGAAAAAUACGGUAAAUAUAUAUUGUAGACCAACAUUUCUCAAACCAUGUUGCUGUUCCUGAAAAACAUGCGUGUUUCUAAAGAGGUUUAUAGGGCGGCAGUGUGAUUUGGGGGGGCGGGGCGGGGGAUAGGCCCCAGUGCCUAAGGAGAAAUCUGGAUUGCAGCUCAGAUUGUCUAUGGAAAUGGAGCUGUGUUACUUACCUUCCCUCUUCCCAUUUAUGUUACUAACAGAAUGCUACAGACAGCUCCUCUAAUUCUUCUCAGAAGAGGGAGCAGCCUUUGCGAACACUGGCAUCUCCUCCAUCCUGUGAGCACCACAGAAUUUGCACCCGGGGACAUUUGCACGACCAGUUUAACCCUGACCAGUAUCAUCUAGAACAAGUAAGCCUGUUUUCAGUGUUUUCCUAUUGCCAUCUUGCCCCUGCCACUCACGGGCACAGAGUGGCAUACGCUUCAAAUAAUUCUCUGUGGAUACAUUUCUAGUGGGAGUUGGAGCUGGAGCUGGGGUGGGGGUUCUCUUGACAAGAAGGCUUGCUUGCCAUAGUCUUCCAAGGACUAUUUGGCUGACCUUCAGGAAGCAGUGCAAGACUUCUCUUGCCAGGUUGGUAUAUGCCAGUUGCCUAGAAAGUCAGAGGUGAAUCCCAGUGAUUUAGCAUUUCAGGGGAGGGCUUCCAGGUAAAAGCUGGCUGCUCCACCAAUGCUAUACGUCUUGCCUGUUUCUGAGAUAAAUUGAAACGUCAUCAUGAGCCUGGCUGCACGAGACUUAAAACUGACACAGAUCUGUUAGAUCUGGAAGGAUAUAAUAACAGAUUUAGAUGGCACACGUAUCUAUGGUAUGAGACGGUAAAAAUACAUAAAGGAUUCCUGAACCACAUUAUAAGAAAGUCAAUUUAUGAGGUGUGGAAUAUAUAUAAAAGUCUAUUAGAACGUAAAACUCCGUGGUGGCUCUUGCCAUUGGAAGCGAUUGCGGUUAAAAAAUUAAAUGUGGAAGGAAAAUGGGCCACCUACGGAGAUGUAAUGCUGGAGGAAGGAAACCAGUUGGAAUAAAAACGUUUGAGGAAAUAAAAGAAUCAUUGAGGGAUUGGUUGCAUUAUUGUCAGAUAAAUGAAGUGUUUAAAGAGGAUUAAAAAUGGUUUUGAAACAACAAGAUCAAGAUUUGAGAUAGAUUUAUUGAAUGAUAAGACAAAAAUAUUGUCAAAAAUGUAUAAAUUAUUAUUGGAAUGGCAUACUAAAGAUGAGGAGGUAAAAUCGGUAAUGAUACAUUGGGCUAAAGAUAUUGGACAUAAUAUACAGUUAGAAGAUUGGGAGAGGUUGUGGAAUGAAGGUAUUAAGUUUACAGCAUGCAAUACGCUUAAAGAAAAUGUUAUGAAAAUGAUGUAUAGGUGGUAUUUAACACCAGUUAAACUAGCCAAAAUGUAUAGAACAAAAAAUGAAUGUUGGAAAUGUAAGGAAAAAGAAGGUACUUUUUACCAUAUGUGGUGGAUAUGUAAAGAGGUAAAAGUUUUCUGGAAAAUGAUAUAUAAUGAGUUAAAGAAAAAGUUUUAAAACACCUUUGUUAAGAAAACCAGAAGCCUUUUUAUUGGGUAUUGUGAGUAGAGAGAUACCGAGACAAGAUAAAAAAUUGUUCUUAUAUGCAACAACUGUGGCAAGAAUUUUGUUAGCCGAAAGAUGGAAAUAGCAGGAGUUGCCAACAAAAGAAGAGUGGCAGAUGGAGCUGGCGAAACUGACAGAAAAAUCUGGAACCAGCGAGACGAAGCAUUCUAAAAGGACUGGAACAAAUUUAUAUUAUAUUUGAAAGACAACUGUAAGCAGUUAACAUCACCAGCAGGGUUAUCUGAAGAUCUGUAAGAUGAAAUUGCUACCUAUUCAGGCUGAGCAAUAUAAUAUUUUAGGUAAUGGUAUAACAGGGAUAGGAAACGAAGUGGAAUGCAAAGUUUAAUUUUGUAAACCAUCAGACGGGAGAGAGGGAAGUUGUAAUGCUCAGUUGAUCCGAAGAGAUAAAAUAAGAGGGUACAUAAUGUGAUUAUAUGUAAAACCAAUAAAAAUCAUAUAUAUAUAUAUAAAUGAGACUUACAGCUGACAACAGCAGGCAAGAAUUUCAAUUGCAGUGGCCCUUUUUCCAACUACUGCAGUCAUUGCUGGUAGCCUGGGUCGUAUUGCUGUUCCUCACUGGGUACAGCUGGGAUAUCGUGCGGGUUAUAUCUGCGAAAUGCUUUUGAUCCACUUCCAGCUAUAUGUACCACAAUAACUUGGAUAAUGGGAUUUUUAGAAUUACUGUUUCUGGCAUCCGAAAUGAAUGAAAGCGCUCCUCAUCCACUUCAAAUACCUUUUGGUGAUUGGAGCCGUGAGAAAUUUAAAACGAAGUCUGCCUUGCUUGUAUCGUGUUGUUAUGUGUAUAAAUGUGUGUAUCUGUCUAGAGAGAUUAGAUGAUAGAACAACAGAAAAUAUAUUUAAUAUCCAAACUUCUUGAGUGUGUCGUGUGUUGUCAGCUUUUGAGAUGUUCUUUUUGAAAUGCUUCUCCCACAGUCCAUCCCACGAUCCUAUCGGCACGUCAGCUUCCCGGACGACGACGAGGAGAUUGUGCGGAUUAACCCACGAGAAAAGAUCUGGGUGACGGGUUAUGAGGACUACCGCCACACCCCCAUCUGGGAGAAGUACAUUGAUCCGGACGAUGGGGACUCGUAUGUGCGAUUUGCCAAAACCGAGGCCUCCAAACAUGAUUACAAUUACCCUUACGUGGGCAACUCUGACUUCGAUCUGUGCGAAGACAUCAAGGGUGCUGUGGUUAAGACUCAGCCUGCCAGGUGCAAAUCGCGGCGGCGAAAGGAGGACGGGGAGAGGUCGAGGUGCGUCUACUGCAGGGACAUGUUCAACCACGAGGAGAACAGGCGGGGUCAGUGCCAGGAUGCUCCGGACAGAAUAAAGAGUUGCAUCCGCCAAGUCAGCUGUAUGUGGUGUGCGGACAGCAUGCUCUAUCACUGUAUGUCUGACCCAGAAGGAGACUAUACAGACCCUUGCUCUUGCGAUACCAGUGAUGACAAGUUUUGCCUCCGGUGGUUGGCCCUUAUUGCCUUGUCUUUCCUUGCCCCCUGUAUGUGCUGUUACCUUCCCCUUCGGGCUUGCUAUCACUGUGGGGUCAUGUGCAGGUGUUGCGGUGGGAAACACAAAGCAGCUGGAUGACAACGCUCGAAGCUUUCCCCUUUUAGCUAAGGAGCAUCUUGGUCCGGAGCGUUCUCAAUUUUUACGUGCGUCGUCACACGGCCCAAGGAGACUGACCAGAGUUCAGAAACCGGUGGGCUCGUCCCUCCUCCUCUUCCCCCUUUCUUUCUCUCCCCUUCCCACUCGGCUGCUAUGCAUUGAUUGCUCACUGAGUUCUAACAGACUGAUGUGCAGCAUAAAAGACUUUUGUAUUAUUGAUCUGUAAUCAAGCAAGAAUGUCUUGUACAUGUUUAUACCUCCCCUCUCCCCUUCCCCUCAGUUGAAUGGUUGAGCGUGGUGGACUUUCAGAACUUAUUACGGCUGUAUCUGUAUUUAGCAACCUAUCGACACAUGUGGAAAUAAGGUAUAAUGAAAUCCCACUUUAAAUUGUGUUCAACUUGCAGCCAGUAAGUGUAUGUGUGUGUGUGAGAGUGUGUGUGUGUGUGUAUAGAAAUUGUGCUAAUGACAAAUGUGUACCAUGACACAGUAUCGCUGACAAUCUUUAUUGUGAGAAUUUUGAGUCCCAUCAGUUCUUUUGACAGUUGCUUUGAAUGAUUUCUCUGAUCACCAAGUAUUCAAGCAAAAUGUGGGAAAUGAGCCUUAGUAUCACCUGUAUAACAUUUGUGAAUCUGAGAACUUGUGUUUCAGACCAAUUUUACACGUGAAAGGGAAACCCUUAAGUGUCUUCUCUCUUCUCCCCUCCCCCACACCACCACCUUAGUCUUUCUCCUCCAAAUAACAUUGGAAAUUAUAGCUUUAGUGUUGAUAUUCUUCACAGUGGAAAUACUCCUCUAUCCUACAGUGUUUCUAUUUGAAACAAAGGGGGAAUUUCACAAGUUACUAAAUUAGCAGGUACACUCACGUGCUUGUGGUGUACCUUGAAACAUAUGAGGGAACAUAGUUGUCUUUUAUUUUUAUUUUUAUUUUAACCGUGUCUACAGUCUUGUCUACUAAGGAUGGGUGACAAUUCUGCUCUCUCUAGAAUCCAGGAGCGUUUGGGGAAUGGAUCUGGGGCCCUGUGUUUUUCCAGCGUUUCCAAACCAACCUGGGAAUACAGGGGCGCCUCUCCAGCCAGCAGGAGCUGGUCUGUGCGAAGUGUUUUCAUUUGUGCUUUGCCUGCCUCUCUUCCUUGGAGGCCUUUUGGACCAGGCGAGGGUGUUUUGAAACUUCUCCUGGACCACUUCCCAUGAGGGGAAAGCUUUUUGGACAGAGGGAAAAACACCACUGCCUGCAUCUGAGACUGUCAGGUGUGGGUGUGGAUCCAGCACCACGACAGGCAUCCGAUCAUCACAGCAUUUGACAAUCACCUGGGCGCAGGUAAGGGCGUGGCUUCUCUUUUUCAUUAUUCAGUUUUCCUCAGAAGGCCUACAGGAAUCUGAAGGGGGGAAAAGUGAAAUUGACAAACAUCACCCCCACCAGUCCGGAGAAGCCUAGUAAAACUUUCUGAGCUAAUCAGUUUCACUGGGAUUCUCUAAGCUAGCUGUAGAGAAAUGUGUGUGUGUCAGUUUCAAGAAAGCUUUAACGUUGCUGCGCAUUGCAGGGUCUCUUUCUUCCACUUUUCCCCCCCAAGUUCAUUGGUGAAAUUGACCGAUAAAGGAUUUCCCCCCACCUGGGCAGCAAGUCUCUUCCAUCCCCCAAGCCUUUGGAUCUGCAAAGUAGGCGCGCUUGCAGUGUGGGCACGAAUAAUUCCUGGUGGAUUUAAUGCGCAGAUAGGAAGCAGAAAGUACCGAGGGGGGAAGAUGUGCUGUGUUGUUACCAAGGUUUUCCAUGGUGUGUCCUGAUCUGACCCCCCCAGUUCUGUCUGCUGUGCAGACUACAGGAUCCGCCUGGGGUCGACAGAGGGUCGUGCCUCUUUCUGCUUCCAAAUGCACUGAACCAGCAUAUUUGGGAUCUGCAGAGAACCCAGGGCAGACAUCCCUUAGGCCAGAGCUGGGUCAAUCCCAGGCACCUGGUCACCUUGGUGCCUUCAAACCAGACACUAGGAAGAUUGAAGCCUUUCCCCCCAGCCCUGACCUAAGUUAGAGGCAGGCCCUGUGGAAAUCCGUGGGUGACCCAACACGGAAAGGCAGUUGAUUUCCAUAGUACUUGGUGAUGCAUAAAACGUGUGUGCUUUGCAGGAUCUGUACCUUCUAACAGGCUGCUUCUUUCUUGGUUGUGAAAUGCGUACAGUAGGGUGACACGAUGCUUUUGACUUUGUGUGGGUUUGAUUUUCUUCUUCGAAGCCAUGUCUUGUGUACAAGGCUUGUAAUUAUCUGGGGAAAUAAUAAUAUUUUUCUAAUAUAUGACAUGGAAUGGCCAUUUUUUUUAUUCAAAGGAAUAAUGUAGAGCAGUUUAGCUAUAAUAUAGCAUAGUACAAUCUGAGUAAUCCAAGGCAGCUAUAGGCACCGGCUUGUGAGAACUGGCGCUGCUGUUUCUGCCAUAAUCUUUUUUCCGCAGCCAAGUGCCGGUGAGUGCUUGCCCUUGCCCUCCCUCCCUCCUUCUUGCACAUUGACAUGAGUCUUAAAGGAAGAGGAACUGAGUUUUAUUUUAUUUUAUUGCCAAAUAGAUACAAAUAGCGACAUGCUUGCCACUCUCCUUGUGAAAACGGGCCACAAGGAGUCACCACAGCUUUUUGUCACAUAUGCAAUGGGUGUGUGUGGCAUAUGUUACGGCUGAAACCUGGAGCUUGAGCAGAUCUGCUUACACUCAGGCACUGACCUAAUGAUUUGAUUACGAGCUUUUCUGUUUGGUUUUUAAACUCCUGGAGACAUGGCGGCACCCAUUGGGCCAACCCAGAAACUCGUGGGCCAGGAUCCAGGGCCAUUUGGCAAAGCAAUCAUUUGAGGCCUGUUUGCAAACACGGACCCUGCACCCUCUUUCCACCAGACAAGCCACUGUUGUGAAACUCAGGGGACCUUCAGGAGCCGUUUCAGAAACCAAGCGGGGAGACCUUUGGGGUGGAGGUGGGGGUCUGUGUUGAAACUUGAACAUUCCUAGGGACUUCUGCGGGCUCCUUCUUGCCUUUGCAGCAUGGAAGACGACUGGAGCACAGCCCUUUUCCCACUCACCACAAAGGCACAGCCAUAAGCUCCCAGGCCGGGGGGGUGGGUGGGAAUUUGUGUUGGAGCUCCUCCCCAUGCCAAUAAUUACCCUCGUUUCUGGGAGGAGGUGCAGCGUGGGCUCUUCCCAGGUGGCUUGGGACUUCCCACAUUACCUUUCCAUACAGAAAAGAGCAUAUUGCAGUAACUUCCAUUUCUCAAAGGUAAUGGAAAGAUGGCCCCAGACAUCAUCAUAUAUAUAUAUAUAUAUAAAGAACCAAGGCAGAAGAAUUCUGGACUGUACCACUAAAGUUAGGGAGUCACAUUUCAUUUCCCCCAUAUUAAAAACAACAACAAAAGACUCGUUGCUUGUAACAAGCUAGCAGACCAGAGAGAUUAAGCAUGCCUAUUUUUCUGAUGUGCUAGUCUUAUUAAGCAGGUAAAAAAAAAAAAAUCUGCAACCUGCAGUGAUACAGUCUAGAAUUCUAUAUAAUGUGUUGAUUGGCUGUGUGAUCUCUCUAGUUCAUAUUUUGGUAUUCAAGAUUUGGGAUUUGUCUGUAACAUAUAUAACGUAGGCUUCAAUGUUUUUGCAUUGGUUAGGUUUUACGUUUGUAAAUGUAAAUGGACUGCUAAAUGGCAAGGGAAGCUUUUCAUUUUCUUUUUUUUUUAAUUUUUAUUUUGUAAACUCGUGGAAGGAAUAAAUAUUUUGUGCCUAAUAGCAAAUGACAAAUCGCUGUAAAUGGUGACUAGCAAACAUCAUGCCAGCCUCAAAAUAAAAUAAUAACAAAGUGAUGGGGACAGUAUUUUGGUUUUGCAAGUUGUUCUGCUAUUCUGAAUUUCUGUAAGGUCUCCCCCCCCCCAACAAAAGCACAACACUACAGAAGAGAUCUUACAGGUUGUCAAGCCUCUCAGUUCAAGUGCCCCUAUUUAUUUUGCUAAAGCAGACAUGCUCCAAGCCUCAAUGUAUGUCCUCUUCUGUAAAUUCCCUCUUUUCUCUGGUUUUGGUUUAAUCCUGAUUCAGUCGUUCCAUGUUUGUUCUCCCUCUCCCUCUCUCCCCCUCCAUGUGAGUUGUUGGGGGGUGUUUUCGUUUUCGUUAGUGCAGCGAAAUUGGCACAAGGGUAGAAAUGGGAGGCUGGGAGGGGGUUUUCCCCCCUGUAAAUAUUUCCCAUUGAUCUCCACACUGCAACUCAACAGUGUGUAGUGUUUUUUCCUCUGUUGGUUUUUCAGUACUGACAUUAAUCAUCUGAGAAAUUAUUCAGAUUUUAUUUUUGUAUCUGUGGUAACAAUCCAUUAACCAAAAGCUGUUUCUUUCCCCCCAGUUCGGAACAUUUCCCCCGCGCGCCCCCCCCCAAGCUCUUGCUCACAUUAACAAAUUUAAGUGCCUGAAGCAAACCUUCUAUUAUGUAUCUGUAUACUAAAAGUUUAAAACUCUGUUGUAUUGAUUUUUAUAAGCCUUUUUACCUCUGUGUAAAGAAUAUAUAUACAAGUGUAUGAUGUAUAUUUUAGUUCUUAACUUCUUUUUUUAUUGUUUCUAAUAUGUAUGAUCAUUGUAGCUAUUGCUUUAAAAAUGUACCAUGUAAAUAUAAAUACAUCAUAUC